CUCAACACGUUAAAAACAAUGGGAGGAUGAGACAUUGGGAUCAAUCCGUAAAAAAAUAUCCUUGUUUACAAUGUCGAUAUCUGUUGGAAGGGUCAGAGGUUUGGACCAUUUCAUCCUCUUCCUUCUGAUAGUGUGUUCACUGGAUAUGAUAAAGAACAGGACCUCAGUGAUAAACUGCAACAAUACUAGACUAUACACGCACAAGAAAGCCUAUUAUGUGUGAAGAGAGACAAGGGUAACAAGCAGCGAGGCUUUGGAUUUUGGAGACCAUCCUCUCCCAUUUUGUUCUUCACUCUUGGACUGUUAAGAUGCUGCAGCUUCUCUUAACUUUUUUCUUCUAUUUUAGAUUCCAGAUGGUGGAUUCACUGGGUAAGUAAGACUUGAUAUUUCAAGUGCUUCAAAAGGAUUUGUACGGUGUCCAGAAGAAUUGUAAUGGAAUUCUUAGCAAACCUCGUAAUAUUAAUCAUUAAAAAAUGACUAAUAAGACAAUACGGAGAAAAAAGUUGAUAUAAGACCUGACAAUCAUAUCAGGUAGUAUUAUUAAAAAUUCACCGAGCAUUAAAAUACCCCUCUCAUUCGAACAAGUUCAAACUAAGGGAUCAUUUUUGUGGGACUGUAAUUGGUCACCGUUCAUAUUAAUGGGGAUAUAUAGUAUUUUUCAUUAAUUUGAAAUGUGUGUCUGUAUAUGAAUGUGUAUCUCAUGCAAGAAUUAUCAGUGAAUUGUGUAUUAUGGAAAAAUGCCACUGCAAUGUUCGAAACAAUGACACUGUUUAUUACGAUGUGAGCAAGUGGUUUAUAAAUGUCUCUAACACUCCGAGAUGGCAUAACUUUUCCAUUGUGUAUCUUUUAUAUUACAUGGUACUUUUGGGUUAGUGCAUGUGUUAAGGUAGUGAAGGGGUUUAUUUUUACUGUAAGGGUUAAUGAUUAUUGUUAGUGUUGGGGCUAUUAUGCUAUGAUAUGGUAGUUUGAGGGUUAAUGUUUAAUGUUAAGGUGAAUAGAGGUUAAGAGGAAUACUAUACGAGUAGCACAACGACGUACAUGAUCCAAUGCUGCCUGAGAUUAGUGGGAGUUGUAGUCUGGCCAACAGCUAUUUCAGCUCCUGUCAAUAAAAUACUGGCAAGUGCCUCUGAACUUCCACUAACAUACUGGAACAUUAAUGACCUGGCCCUGUCAUAGAUUAUAUUAUGAGAUAUUGACACAUAAUCCUCUGGUAAUUGAAUAGCAGUUGUCCCAUAGAUGUCAAUGAGAAAGCCUCUAAUCCGUUACUAAAAUGGCACUUUUUAAUAGAAUGCAGCCAUAAGUAACCUUAUUGUAUUAAUCGUUUGCAUGUGGUUAGGGAAAUGAUAUACCACUUUUUCUGUCAUUAUGAGAGUUGUAUUUUUCUUGUAAUUUGAUUUUUAUAUGUUGAUUUAAAUGGGCCAAUAUAUAUUGCUUCUUAAGGAAGCGGAAAAAUCUAUGUAAAUUUCAGAUCAAUAAUAUUUUAAAGCUCAGAUGGUAGGUAUUUGCAUAACACAAAACUAGAUGAUAGUGCUGUAAUAUUGAUAGCCGUAUUAUAUAUAUUAGAAUGCAUGUUAUAAUGUCUUGAGUUUCUUUAAAUCAAUGGGGAACAUGGUUAGUUUCUGUUUAAUGUCAACUAAACCAAUUGCAGAUCAGUGGAUCUCUAGAUAUCAAAUCAAACUCCUUAACUAAAUAUUAAUCAAAUCCUUUAGCUAUCCAUAUUCAGUUUUCAUCUUUCUUUACAGUGAAAUUAUGUCUAUUUAAUAUUUAAUUUCUGUCCCAUAAUCCAUUGGUCCAGAUUAUGUAUAGCCGCUCGCCCACUCCAUUUUUUUUCAGUCACUGUUUGUAGACCAUUUGUAUAACUGGACACAUUGUAAUCUUAUGGUACAGACUAAGGAACAUGUAGUCAGGGCCAUCUUUAAUAUCACUAGGAUCGUGGGCAAAGCAUUUUCUUGGGCCCUCUGUGCACCCUCCAGUCCCUGGCAUGCAAUCGCACCUUUUACAUACAUACUUACACAGACAUAUACACGGACAUACUGACACAUACACACAGACAGGCAUACUGACACACACACAUACACUGACACACACACAUAUAUACUGACAGACAUGCUGACACAGAAAGACAUACUGACACUCCCAGACACAAAAACACUGACACACACACAGACAUAUACCCUGACAGACAUACUGACACACAGACAUAUACCCUGACAGACAUACUGACACACAGACACACACUUACAGACACAUACCCUGACAGGCAUACUGACACACAGACACAUACUGACAGACAUACUGACACAUAGACACACACUGACAUACCCAUUGACAGGCAUACUGACACACACACAGACACAUACACUGACACACACAUAUACUGACAGACAACCUACUGACACACACAUACACUGUCAGACAUACUGAGACACACAGACAUACACAGACAGACACACAGACAUACUGACACAUUCACCCUUUUUAAAUCUACUCCCCGUUUCCUACCUUCAAAGAUUGCUUCCCUGUUGUCCAGAGUGGUGGCUGAGGCUGUUGGGGGUUGCCAAAUGGCAAUCUGGACCAGUCCCCCUCCUCUCUGCUUCCCUGGUGUGGUCUCUCCCGCGUGGCUCUUUCGGGGUGGAAGUGACUCAUGGCAGUCACUUCCUCCCUUGCUGCCAAAAAGUAAACGGGCCCCUGCUUACAAACCCCCACCAGGUGGCCCAGUGGGCCUCCUUAGUGUGCGUUCCCAGGAUGCACCGGAUGCCUAUGGGUGGGGGAGAAAGUUGUUGAGGGCAGCGGGGCCCACGGGGCAGCUGCCUUGGGCCCCCUAGAAGUAAAAGGGCCCGAGGCAACUGCCCAUUUGCCCCGCAUUAAAGAUGGCCCUGCAUGUAGUACAGUGACUGUAAAUUUUGGUAAAUCUGGUGUAAAGAUAUAUUUGAACAUCUGGUGUCCGUAUGUCCAUUAGUUUGUUGGGAAAGUUGCAGGAAGAAAUAUUUAGUGGCAAAUUAACGAAGCAGUGUGCUCGUCCUCUUUUUCCAUCUAUCUCUCUAUCCUCCUAUUUGCAUAUUUGUAUUAGCAAGAUGUGAAGGAAUAUCGAGUAUUGCUUUGAGGAGUAAUGUAUGUCAUAAGCUUCUUAUAUGAUGGAUCUUCCAUUGUUCCACUUUGCAUGGUUUGUGGUGAAUCUCAUUCAGUAAGGUAUGAUAACGUGUUUUAGAUUUAUAAGAUGCAGAAAAAGCAAGAUACUUUUUGUUGUGUCCUAAAUUACCAACAAAAGGGAUUCGGGUGGCAUAGAAUUUUUAUAGGUUAUGUAAACAAACCUGGUUUCUGCUGCAUCAAUAAUAAUAGCAAGAACAGACAAUAUGGGAUCUCUCUGAGACUGGAAGAAAAACAUUGUAGCUUGCCCUUUGGUUAGUCCGUGCUCAGGUCUCAAAUAGCUUUAUGCUCACUUCUGCCAUUACAGAGAGAACUUACCCUAGAAGACAGACCCCCCAGACCUCCAUAAGGGCAGUCCUGAUCCUAAAUGCUGGCAUGUUCCCUCUGCGCAAGAGAGAGCGACCUCAGACAAUUGUUUCGGCCUUCGUAGCACUGGGCUAAUCAUGCCAGUUACAGCAAAAAAAAACCCCAACAACAACAAAUGUUGUAGUCUACCAAGAGAGAAAUAAAUGUGGAAAAACAAGGGGGCGGGGCCUGACAUCCAUGCUGACCGGUCGCAUGCUGUAGAGGCUCCUGUUGAAUUUGGUAUUUUCAGCAGAAAUCCUAGACUCACUGCUAACAAUCAAGCUGUGUAGUGUACCCAAGUGUGCAAACAACUGUUGGUGACACUGUGGACUCCAAGAUCAGGAGUUUUGGGGGCCCUACGGGUGGUACAAAGCUUUGGAGAAUGCGGCCCACUCAGGAGAGGAGCAGGGCAGACGGCCACUGCCCUGUUCACAUGCCUGGCAAUCACCGUGUGAUCUUCCUCACAGGCCCUGGUCCCCCCCAUGGACCGUCAGGGGGUUAUACCGUUCCCCACUGGAGGAAGCUGACGCUAUGUGGACCAUCUGUGCAGAGUUUCUCAGCCAACGGACCUCAGCGCCUGGUCAACAAGAUGGCAGCCACAUGGCAUACACCGUAUGACCGUGUUACCAGCACUCAAGCACUUCUGGGCUAUACCAUCGCAACUCCUAACCUUGGACUAUUGGUGCUGCACCAAUCUACUAAACAGCAGAGCUGCCUCGGUUGACCCAGCCUCCGCACAUGGAACCUAAGUCCGGUCCCUGUGGCUGCCGUUCUGGGCCUUGAACGCCUCGAGGACACCCUCAAACCACAGCCCCACUCCUGGGCAUCUUAUCAUCUUAUGCAGGAAUCCUGUUAUCGGCCAUUUGUGGCACCGGACCUGGAGGCACAGGUGGUGUGCUCAUCAGGAGCCCGGGGCUGGCGAAGUUGCACCCAGCGAACUUCUCACAAGGCUUGCAGGUUGGAGGCGGAAGCGGGCUGUGUCCAGAAGAUCCAGCAAGGCUGUCUGUAUGCCAUUUUUGGCACUCAUGGAGAGUUGAGCCCGGGGGACUGCGUGGCCUGCCUUGAGAGACUCUAGUGGCAUAUUUUAGUUUUAAUUAUACUUGUUGAUAUUAUGCUUUCCUUUAUUUUGCUUGUCUUUAUUUUUAUUUGAUGUGUUCUCUCUAACGGGCACUGUAUAGCACAAGGCUGGGCAACUUUAUAAGAUUUGGAAAUUGAUAUGGCUAGAACAUGCAAGUGACUUCUAUUUAGGCUACAUAAUCAGCCGUGCCUCCAUAGUAUAUUUCUAAGCAAGGAAAUGUAAGGGGAGACAGAGAAGGGGGAGGAGGAAGGGAGUACUAGAAAAAAAUGUUUUGGUUUUCUUUUGUCUUAUACAUUGGUCUCUAGGCGUAUACGAAUAUGCCUACACGCUGAUACCUAUGAGUGUGUUAGCCUUUCGGCUUUGGUUCUUGAUAAUGUACCCCAACGCAUAUCCAUUUUGUAAAAACUUUAAUUUGGUUUUGUUUGGAUUUUGGCUUAUACAGUGUUUUCUAGGCAUACAUGUAUAUGCCUUUUUUGCUAAUAUUUUUUAAUGUGAUGGCCUUUUAGCUUCUGCUCUUGAAAAUGUAUUCCAACGUAUAUGUAUUUUGUAAAACUUUAAUAAAGAAAUAUUAAAUAAAUAACUAAAUGAUUAUACACAAGUUACUGCUCAGACGUAGCCUGUUAUAGUUCAUUCUGCAAAAGCCAUGACUGAACCAUGGUAAUGUCUGUUGAACUGUGCCUCACUCAGUCAUUGUGUUUACUCUCUUUUUUAUUGAAACCAAAAUAUGGUUGUUGUGGCGCUGCAUUCAGUGCUGUGUUUGCUGCGAGGCAAACAAGGCAUUUGCCUUGUGCGGCACUUUCCAGGGGGUGGCAAAAUACGCCGCCUCCAAAUGCCCAGGCAAAUGCCUUGUUAGCCUCGGGGCAGGCGACUAGCUGAGCUCCAGAUGGGCGUCGAGGGAGCACUGAUUUCUGAACUCUCCCUGCCCAGUGCUGCAGAGUGAUGCCGGGAGCCGGAAUAUGACGCCACUCAGAAAUCAGCACUCCCUCGCCGCCCGCCUGGACCUCAACUGGCCGUCCACGUGUCUGCACGCCUGCCCAAAUAGGUAUCUGUCAGGGAUCCUGUGUGUCUGAGUGAAUGUGUGUGUGUAUGUGUGUGUCUGAGUGAUUGUGUAUGCCUGUCAGUGUGUGUGUGUGUCUGUGAGUGGGGGUGUGUGUGCCUGUCAGUGAGUGUGUGUGUGUGUGUCUGCAUCAUUGUGUGUGUAUUUCAGUGAGUGUGUGUUUGUCUGUCAGUGAUUCUGUGUGUCUGUCAGUGUGUGUCUGUCAGAUUGUCUAAUCAGUGAGUGUGUGUGUAUGUCAAUGUAUCUGAGAGGGGGUUUCUGUCAAUCAAAGUAUGUGUUAGUCUUUAACAGGAAGAGAUGUGGCCUUGACAGGAAGUGGUGGGGAAAAUGUAAAUUAGGGGGUGCCCGAGUUUCGUCAUGCCUAGGGCAGCACAGAUCCAAAAUAUAACACUGUCUGCAUACAAUCUUCUUGUUAUACCAUAUCAUGUACAUACAUGAAACAUAAAGCAAAAUUUCCAAAUUAACAGAAAAAUAAAGAAACUGUGCAUUACAAAAGGGGGAAGGAGAAAGACGUAUCACACGCCUGAACGCGUUUCGCGUCUGCACCAGACGCAUUGUCAACUUUAAUCAUGUCAGUAACUGUAAUGUUAAGUUUCAGUGUGGCGAGAACACCACCAUGCAGUUGGUUGACAACAAAGAAACAAUUUAAACUGCCUACACUGUCUAAACUAUAUGAGUUCUACUGCCAAAGCUACCAAACAUUAAUAUUUAAAUGUAGCAACUAUGUGUAGCAAUGUAUUUUCUAUUAAAACAUGGAUUAAAUGGAUUCUGCUUAAUGAUUACAUAUAUUGUCAGAUCAAUUUAUACAAGCAGCACAAAUGUCACAAGUCCUAAUUUAUUACAAUAAUAAUUGUUACCAGAGAGAUAUAAUUUAACAUUAUUUUGACACUUUGUAAUUAUAAUUUAAAUGUAAUUUAAUAUAAAGUUUUCUCUGCUUAUUAUAAAUUAUGUCAUUUAUUACUCCUAUUAAAAGAGCUUCCUGUUUUAUAAUGCUCAAUGGAACGCAGUUGCUAGAAAUAGUGUAUAGUAAUUAAUCACUUUUGUCAAUUAGGUUUAAAAAAUAAUUAAAUUAAUAUAAUUCAAUAAUGAUUCCUGUUCUGGACGUAAAGUUUAGGAGCAUGUCUAUAAUCUCUUCUUCAAACUAAUGGAAUAUCACUCUAUUUUCCCCCAAAGCAGAACAUUUUAAAUGGCUCAUUUUAAUUUUUUAUAUUUUGUAUUUUAUGCUCUUAUAUUAACAGUAAAAAAUAUUCAUUUUAAAAACUCAUCACUCUAAUAUAUUGAUGGAUACGUUUAUAUUUUAUUCUUCCCUUUUAUUUAUGAUAUAUUUUUCAUUCUCCACAUAUUUUUCUGUUUUAUAACUUAGAAAAACUUUCCUCUUGUUCUCAUACCUUAAUGUGAUUAUAUAAAUUUGUAAUAUUUGUAUGGUACUCUAUUACCAUAAAUGAUUUACCUUAUAAAAAACUAUUCAUUCCUCUCUCAAUGUUUCAUAAAUCUACAUCCAUCCCAAAUUAAUUUCUUAUUAUGGUUACACAGGUCACUAUUUAAAGAAACACCAAGGCUUUAGUGUAUGCUUAGAUAACUGCAAAACAAAUGUUAAAAUGGUGUUUGCAUUGGUUUUACUUACAGGGUUCCUCCAACCAUCAUAACCACUACAGCCAGCUGUGGCGACGAUGAUGCUAGGAAUAACCUGCCCGGUUCCCUGGUAAUGGGCAAACCAUUUGCCCCCUUAAUUGGGUAACUGUUGGCCUCUUAGGCUCCAUGCUGGUCUGGUGAUGUGAAUCCUGCAGAGCUGCAGAAGCUGGAAGCCAUUGCUGUCACCAUUCAUUGACUGGGAGCAUCUUCUGACUCCUCUCAGCUAAUGAAUGACACUCUGUGCAUUGAAAUUUGGGACCACUUUGUCUCCGUAUUCUUUCCUAUGCCUGGCAAAGCUUGACACUAAGCGGAGCUAUUGCCGUCAAGCCUUGUCCUUUCCCCCGGCGGCUGUAGGGAAAUUUAACUCAUUCUAUGGGGCCACGAGCUGAAGAGCAGCAGAGUAUGGCAGCACCCACGAGGGAACGAUUCAGGUCUGUUAAUCUCACCUUUGCCUGCCUGCCCCCGAACCCUGAGUGGUGAUAUCACUGUCGAGGGUCUUUACAAAUUAUGCAAAUUAGCGAAUGAUGCGAAGAUACCAGUCGGUGACAGAUCCGCUUUAAAGCUACAGAAAUUUUGCAACAAACAAACUUACUCCCAGGGGUACCAAUACCAGCACAUGUAUGACAUCUAUGCUCUAUUCAUCUCCACAUUAAUGCAUAUGAGAUGUUUAGUAAUUUUCUAUGAGAGAAUCAAAUUUAGUGCCUGCCCCCUAGCCAUCAAUACCCUUUUUCCCCAUCAAGAAUCUUUUUUUUUUUGUCACCAUCAGUGGAAUACUGAGUCACACAUCAACACGAACAUGCUCAGCCAAUGCGCAUUUUGGUUGAUUUAUAAUUCAGCUAUAUUUCAACUCAAGAAUUAGACCAAUCACUGAUUUGUGGAAUCUCCAAGUCUAUUGGACUAUGUAUGGUGGCAUCUUAUAGGAAUUUGAUACUAAGAAGUUUUUUUAUUUUUUAUUAUUAUUUGUAUAUCUGGGUACAGUCAUCAUCAGCUUUAUAUUUAAUGCAAUAGGAUGCUUUGUCCACAAGGUAGUUAGUAGGGCAGUUAACAAUCUAUUCAUUUUAUCCCUUUUGUAGAGCUUGAAUAGCUUAGUUAUAGAAGUAAUAAAGCUAAAAAAACAUGUAUAAUAAAGAAUGAUGAUAGGUCUGAUGUUAAUUGGUAGGAAAGAUUCCAGUAUUCUAGGAGAUGGUCACGCUAGCAGUGUCUUGAAGGUUCCAACAGCCUCUAGACUAAAUUGCGUAGCUCAUUAGAGUAAUUUUAAUUUGAAUUCUUAAUCUCACGCAAUGUGGGUUCACUUGGAGAACUUCACCACCAAUUAUGUCCCACUGUGUUCUGCACUAUGGACUAGUUGUAGUCUCCCAGUAAGUACUGUGUACAGGUAUUUCCUUAAGUCUAGGUGCAUAGAGUCGAAUGCCUGGACCAGUGAUUCAAGGGCCAGUGCCUGUAGUCAUUAAUUUAUGCCUCUGAGUAUCUUUAAAUGGCAAUAUCAUUAAAGGAACACUAUAGGGUCAGGAACACAAACAUAUAUUCCUGACCCUAUAGUUUUAAAACUAUCAUCUAGCCCCCCUUGCCUCCCUAAAUAUAGUAAAAUUUUACUUGUAUUCAAGUGUGCAGCUGCUGUCUCUGUCCCUGAUCUGCCUGCAUGCCUUACAUCAUCAGAAAUGAUCAUGUGAGCCAAUCACAAUGCUUUCCCAUUGGAUUGGUUUAGCUUGUCAAGGCAGCAGAUCAGGGACAGAGCCAACACACAGCCCUGGCAAAUCAGCAUUCUCUCUUAGGGAUGAAUUGAAUCAAUGCAUUUCUAUGAGGAAAGUUUGGUGUCUUCAUGCAGAUGAUGGAGACACUGAAUGGCAGUGCUGCUCACUGUGCAGCACUGCCAAGGAAACACCUCUAGUAGCCAUCUGAAGAGUGGCCAGUGGAGUUAUCACUAUCGUGUAAUGUAAACACUGCAUUUUCUCAGAAAAGUCAGUGUUUACCGCAAAAUGUCUGAAGGGAAUGAUUCUGCUCACCAGAACAAAUUCAAUAAGCUGUAGUUGUUCUAGUGACUAUAGUAGUGUCCCUUUAAGUAAUAUUUACACCUGCAUACCCAGGUUUACACUAUGAACAAAGAUGAAGCUGAAAUUUCACCUUUUCUAGAGGUUAGCACUCAGAUGCAGCCGGGUCUGCAGGUCUAGACCACUCUAUCUUGCCCAAGUAAAAUUUUAGUUAGAUUUUGUAAACUGAUCUCAUUUCUAAAUACAAUAUGAAUGUGAUGAAGAAUUAUUAUUAUUAUUAUUUAUUUAUUUAUUUUGCUUCUACAUCAAAUCUGCAUUUUAAGGCAAAAAAAGCCUAUCCUAAUGUGUGCAUUUUUUGGUCACUGACCUGGAGUUGCUAUCUUAGUUCCAUUAUGAUUUUCCUGAUUGCAGCAUUGGUCUCAAACGGGGCAAAACAGACAACACCUACAUGUUUUAUAUACAUGUUUGAACCCGUCUUAUAUCCAUGCCAUUAUAUUUUUCUGUUAGGAGUAUAUUGAAACUAUAAAACAAAUAGGUAAAAAUUAACAUAUCCACACAUUUUUAAGACAGCACUAGUUUCUCUUAUUGAUGAUGACAUUGUAUCAUGAAGACAUGUGUCACACACCACUGCCCAGUGCCCAUUAAACAAACCAUAGAAAAGUAGAAUGUGACGGCAGAUAAGAACGGUUUUGGUCCAUCUAGUCUGCCCAAUUUUCUAAAUACUUUCAUUUAGACGUGCAAUUCUUUUGGUCCAAAUUUAAAUUCGGACAAAUUUAGACAAUUUAGACAUUCGGAUGCUUCCGAAUGUCCGAAUUUCUGAAGUGCCGAAUUUCGGAAGUGCCAAGCCAAACCGAAUUGCUGAAGACCCGAAUUGACGAAGUGCUUCGGAUUUCUGAAAAAUGGCAAAACAGGAGAAGGAGGGAAAAUUAAGGGAAUGAUGACAGGAAUCUAACCCUAACCCUUGCCCUAACCCUACCCGUAACCCUAUUCAAUUACACCACAAUAAAAGUGUGAGUUUGAACAAAAACAGAGGUGGAGCAGUUUGUUUUCUUUUCGGCUAGAGUGGAAAUUUGAGUAAGCGUGGAAUUGUAGUCUCUGCAAAUCAGUUCUUUAAGCCUGCAGAUUCUGUGUGUAUUUUGGAAUUCAACUGCCUGAUUUAUAAUUUUUCCCCAUUCUUUCUAGCUCUCGACCCUUGUUCUGCCUACAUAAGCUUGAACGAACCAUGGAGAAAUACAGACCACCUAUUUAAUGAAUCCCAAGACAAACCCAUGUGUGACAACCAUCUGGAGGGAGAAUGGUAUCGUUUCACUGGGAUGGCUGGGGAUGCUAUGCCCACUUUCUGUAUCCCAGAAAAUCACUGUGGCACUCAUUCUCCAAUCUGGCUCAACGGGAGUCACCCAAGCGAAUCAGAAGGCAUUGUGCAAAGGCAAGCUUGUGCCAGCUUCAACGAUAACUGCUGUCAGUGGAAUACUACUGUGGAUAUCAAAGCCUGCCCUGGAGGGUACUAUGUCUAUCGUCUCACCAAACCCAACGUCUGCUUUCAUGUCUACUGUGGCCGUACGUAUUCCAAUUGCCCUAUAUAUUAAUGAAAUGUGUAAAAAAUAUGUAAAUAUUAUGGUAGAUUGGAAUAUGUCUUUUUAUGUAUUUAUUUUCUUCUUUAAGUAACUCGCCAUAAUAUUCUUCUAUAUCACCCAAAAAUAUUAAUAGGCAAUCUGAUGUUCUUUAGAAAAAUGUACAUGUAUUCUACUCCCAUUACAAACAGCAGUACAUAUGUGGAAAAACAUUUUUUUCACAGAUUGGACAGCUUAACAAUGUUACAGAGGGAGAGAUACAGGAGGCCUUUUUCCAGAAAAUCAGAGAACAUUGAGCGCAGUGUUAUGUCCACUGUUCUACAUAGUUAUGACUACAAUGACGUCAGAAUGUUUAGCUAAAACUUUCACUAUAUAAAUACACAUAAGAAAACUCUUUUUCCUUUUGGUAUACACUCACAAAUUAUCAUCUGUUCCUUUACCCCAAAGACAUAGAAACCUAAAAUGAAUUUAUAGGAACAUAGAAUAUGUAUUAUUCUACUAAUGCUUUGUCCUAAACAAAUAUUUUCUUUGCAGUUUAGGACACGUAAGGCCCUUAUGCUACUUCCCCAUCUGUUUUGCCCGUUUAAGUAUCAUUAUUUUAUUAUAAUAUAUUGUGGGCAUGAUUGACGGAGCUAUUUAAAUAGUUUGCUGAUAAUUCUUUACUUUAAUAACUAAUUUCACCAUAUAGAAACAUAGAAUGUGACGGCAGAUAAGAACCAUUCGGCCCAUCUAGUCUGCCCAAUUUUCUAAAAUACUUUCAUUAAUCUCUUAUAUCUAAGAUAGCCUUAUGUCUAUCCCACGCAUGCUUAAACUCCUUCACUGUAUUAACCUCUACCACUUCAGCUGGAAGGCUAUUCCAUGCAUCCACUACCCUCUCAGUAAAGUAAUACUUCCUGAUAUUAUUUUUAAACCUUUGCCCCUCUAAUUUAAGACUAUGUGCUCUUGUUGUGGUAGUUUGUCUUCUUUUAAAUAUGGUCUCCUCCUUUACUGUGUUGACUCCCUUUAUGUAUUUAAAUGUUUCUAUCAUAUCCCCCCUGUCUCGUCUUUCCUCCAAGCUAUACAUGUUAAGAUCCUUUAACCUUUCCUGGUAAGUUUUAUCCCGCAAUCCAUGAACCAGUUUAGUAGCCCUUCUCUGAACCCUCUCUAAGGUAUCAAUAUCCUUCUGAAGAUACGGUCUCCAGUACUGUGUACAAUACUCCAAGUGAGGUCUCACCAGUGUUCUGUACAAUGGCAUGAGCACUUCCCUCUUUCUACUGCUAAUACCUCUCCCUAUACAACCAAGCAUUCUGCUAGCAUUUCCUGCUGCUCUAUUACAUUGUCUGCCUACCUUUAAGUCAUCAGAAAUAAUCACCCCUAAAUCCCUUUCCUCAGAUGUUGAGGUUAGAACUCUAUCAAAUAUUCUGUACUCUGCCCUUGGGUUUUUAUGUCCAAGAUGAAUUAUCUUGCACUUAUCCACAUUAAAUGUCAGUUGCCACAACUCUGACCAUUUUUCUAGUUUAUCUAAAUCAUUUUCCAUUUGGCUUAUCCCUCCUGGGACAUCAACCCUGUUACAUAUCCUAGUAUCAUCAGCAAAAGACAUACCUUACCAUCAAUACCUUCUGCAAUAUCACUAAUAAAAAUAUUAAAGAGAAUGGAUCCAAGUACAGAUCCCUGAGGUACCCCACUGGUGACAAGCCCAAGCUUCGAAUAUACUCCAUUGACUACAACCCUCUGUUGCCUGUCACUCAGCCACUGCCUUACCCAUUUAACAAUAUUGGAAUACAAACUUAAAGAUUGCAAUUUAUUGAUGAGCCUUCUAUGUGCAACAGUGUCAAGCCUUACUGAAAUCUAGGUAAGCAAUGUCUACUGCACCACCCUGAUCUAUUAUUUUAGUUACCCAAUCAAAAAAAUCAAUAAGAUUAGUUUGGCAUGAUCUCCCUGAAGUAAACCCAUGUUGUCUCUGAUCUUGAAAUCCAUGUAUUUUUAGAUGUUCAUCAAUCCUAUCCUUUAACAUGGUUUCCAUUACUUUCCCCACUACUGAGGUGGGGCCUAUAGUUGCCCGACUCCUCCCUACUACCUUUCUUGUGAAUGGGCACAACAUUCGCUAACUUCCAAACUUCUGGGACUACUUCAGUUAACAAUGAUUGGUUAAAUAAAUCUGUUAAUGGUUUUGCUAGUACACCACUAAGCUCUUUUAAUAACUUUGGGUGUAUUCCAUCAGGUCCCAUUGACUUAUUUGUCUUUACUUUUGACAGUUGAAAUAAAACCUCUUCCUCUGUAAACUCACGUGUAAUAAAUGACUCACUUAUCCUUUUUCCUAACUGAGGUCCCUUUCCUUCAUUUUCCUCUGUAAAUACUGAACAAAAAUAUUAAUUGAGGCAGUCAGCUAGACCUUUAUACUCAUCUACAUACCUCCCUUCUUUUGUUUUUAAUCUAACUAAUCCUUGUUUUACUUUUUUGUCUUCUCAUUUAUGUAUCUAAAAAUGUUUUGUCCCCUUUUUUUACUGACUGUGCUAUUUUCUCUUCUGUGUGAGAUUUGGAAGCUCUUAUAACUUGCUUAGCCUCUUUCUGCCUAAUCUUAUAGAGCAUUCUGUCUUCCUCACUCUGUUUUUUUUUUUUAUAAUUACUAAAUGUUAACUUUUAGUUUUUUACUAUUUUGGCCACAUCUGCGGAGUACCACAGUGGUUUCUUGAAUUUUUUGCUUUUACUGAGAAGCCUAAUGCAAUUUUCUGUUGCCUUCAGCAGUGCAAUUUUUAAAUAAUCCCAUUUAUCUUGGACUCCAUUUAAAUUGCUCUAAUCUGAUAAUGACUCCUUUACACAUAUUCUAAUUUUAGAAAAGUCUGUUUUUUUGUUUUUUUUUAAAGUCUAAAACUUUUGUUUUUGUGUGGUGUAACUUAGUCACUGUUCUUGUUUUAAACCACACUGACUGAUGAUCACUGCAUCCUAAACUUUCACCACCAGUAAUAUCUGAUACCAAAUCUCCAUUUGUUAACACUAAAUCUAGAAUGGCCUCUUUACGAGUUGGCUCCUCAACGACUUGUUUUAGAGACAAUCCCAGUAGGGAGUUUAGAAUAUGUGUGCUCCUGGCACAAGCAGCUAAUUUUGUUUUCCAAUUCACAUCAGGAAGAUUAAAGUCGCCCAUGAUGAUAACUUCCCCCUUCAUUGUCAUUUUAGCUAUUUCCUCAACUAGUAGAUUAUCUAACUCUUUAAUUUGUCCUGGGGGCCUAUAAAUCACACCUACACGAGUUACUGUGUGAUUACCAAAUUCUAACGUAACCCAAACGGACUCUAUGUUCGCCUCACUAACUUUUAUAAUGCUAUCCUUCACAUACAGGGCCACCCCUCCCCCUUUCUUGCCUUCCCUGUCUUUUAUAUAUAAAGAGUACCCUGGUAUUGCAACGUCCCUUUGCUAUGUACCCUGGUAUUUUUCUCAUUAUACCAUGUCUCAGUAACAGCGACUAAAUCUACAUUAUCAGUUGCCAUUAUUGCCACAAGUUCAUGGGUCUUAUUCCCUAAACUGCGAGCAUUUGUAGACAUGACUCUAAGCUUGUCAUUUUUUAAAACACUUGCUAAAGGCACAUUCCGUCCUUGUUUUGGACGGCAAUUGGAUUGAUGUUUUAUCACCCUUUUGCCCCCCCUCCUAGUUUAAAUACAUCCUAGCAAAACCUCUGAACUGCUCCCUGAGAAAAUUUGUUCCCUUUUGUGAAAGAUGCAAACCAUCUUUUUUGUACAGUUUAUUUCCAUUUCAAACAGAGCUACCAUGAGAAAUAAAGCCAAAUCCUUGCUCCCGACACCAUUCGCCAAGCCACAAGUUAAAGUUCCUAAUACGCAUCCGCCUGUCGGUCUGAGUGUUAUGCACAGGUAGAACUUCAGAGAAUGAGAGUGUGGAAGCGACCUGCCGUAUAUGUUUGGCAAAAACACUAAAAACUUCCUUAACCUCUGAAACCGCAUUGCAAGCCAAGUCAUUUGUCCCUAGAUGGACAAGUACAUCCAAUUCUCCUUCCUGCUUUGCUCGCUUAACAAUAUAUCAUUACCGCUCCUGCAUCAGUCGUGUUGUAUACUUUUUAAUUAAAUAAUAUAACUUGAUAACAUGUCUUUAUUAGUAUAGUUAAGCUUUUUUGCAGCUUAAUCCCAAAACAUGGUUUUCUUGAAAAGUGAAUAGUGCACCUAACGGGAAAUGUCAAUUCUAAUGGCUAGUGUGGAAAAUAUAUCAAGCAUAUUUUCAAUGUGUUUAUUUGCGGCAUAUACAUGAACACCAUUUCCCCUGAAUUUACUUCUUUUAUUUUUGCUAGAUUUUUAUGACAUCUGUGAUCUGAUGGAUUGCCGAGGAACGUGCUUGGAUACCGGUGAUUGUGUGUGUGGUCCUGGAACUGUUCUUGGUCCUGAUGGUCAAACUUGUCUUGGUAAGUCUUGACCGUUCACCCACUAUUUUUUCCUUUCUCCCACAUAUUCUGCAGACUUGAUAUUUAGUUACUGUGGGCUUGUCCAGACUCCCAAUUAUGACAUUGCGUUUGAUGUAUUGUUUAAAACUGGAGAAACCAUCAGCAUGAGUCACCAUGAAUGGAGUUUGAUGCUUCUGAAUUCACUGAAUGAAGUUUGACACUUCUGAUCAAAAGUUUUUCAUUCUGUGUGAAUCUCCUAUGUAUUGUUCCACACAUCUUUCUGUUUCUUCGUUUCUUCGUAUUUCUUAGUUUGUCAACGAUGGUUUGAUUCCUCAUGUGAAAUGAUUCCAGCAAUAUCCCAAGCUUUCCUACAGAAUUAAUAAGAAAUUCUCUGUAUUCAUUUACAUCUAUGUAAGAGAUAAUGCAGUUCACAUACUCACAUGCUUGUUAUUGCCGAUGGACUGCAAUGUUAAAUUUAAAAUGAUAAGGCUAAGUACAGUCAGGGAGUCUUGAACUGUCACAUAGGGUAGCAGGAGCCCUCUAGAAUGGAAGAGGCGAGGCAAGCAGGGGCAUCUGGUGGUUCCCAGGUAAGAAGGCAAAUUAUUCUAAAACGGUUCGAUUACUCAUUGGGCGGGGGGAUGUCAUGGCACUCCUGGCACCAUAACCACUACAAUAUACUGUAGUGGUUAUAGUGCUUGUACUAUUUCUUUAAGAAUUUAGAAAUCAUGCAAGUACAAUUGUAUUUUGUUAUAUACAGCAAUUCUAAAGUUCUAAAAAUCUUAAUAUUCACCAGAGUAAUUGGAACAGAACGACCAUAGGAUAUAAACUAGCAGUUUCGAAACCAAAAAAAUAUAUCAUCCAGUAUUUUGGGUGCUGGACAUGAUACAUUUUCAACAGAGCAUGCCUUAUUUAAUAAUUGUCUGGGGCUUAGGUCCUGUGGAUUUUCCUAGCAUUGCCUACUGUAACAAGAGUCAUUAAACUUCAAUCUAAUGUUGAUAUGAUAUAUAGGCUGAGGAUCUAAUCAUCUUAAUGGAUAAUCAGUAUCACAUUCCUAGGAGCUAAAUAAUAGUCAGGCUUUAACAAUGCAUGCAUCCUAGUAAGAAUAUUUUUAGUUUCCAUCUGCCAAAAGAACAGACGCAGAACACCGUCUGAUUUAUAGCUUCUCUGACUCGAUGUAGGAUAAAAAAAAAUCAUCUGUCAGCUGCUAUUUCUGAUCCAUUCAUUUGGAGAGGCUAAAUCAUGUUAGAGAGAUGGCAGCUUCAAAAGAGAUAGGACGGCAGAGGGUUGUUAAGGAGGUCUGGAACGGGGACAGAAAUAAGUGAGGAAAUGACUGAAGACUGAAAGGGAAUAAAUGAAUUGUGAGAAAUAUUAAAUAAAACUGUUCUCUUCAAUGAGCUACAAAUCAUUGUAGAUCAAUUUGGCAAACAUUGAGAUUUAAAUAGUCUAUAAAUGUUGUAAUGGUUUGUUCCUUGCGGGAACUAUUUCCCAGGUCUAUUAACCACAAGUAUAAUCUCCCAUUGUAUAUUCCCUGUUCUAUUCUUGCGCCUGUUAAAGGGACACUAUAGGCACCCAGACCACUUCAGCUCAUUGAAUGGUCUGGGUGCGGUGGGCCAGGUCCCUUAACCUGGCAAAGGUUCAGGGACCUGCAAAGGUUUAAGAACAUGCAAUAAUUACCUGUGAGGGUUAACGCCACCUCUAGUUGCUGUCUACUAGGCAGCCACUAGAGAGACUUCAGGGUUAUUAGGUGACUUUUGGUCGCCUACCUGAUGCUGUUCGUCCUCACGCUUUGCAUGGGGACAUCCAGCGUCACCCGAAACCCCAUAGGAAAGCAUUGUACAAUGCUUUUCUGUGGCUGUGCUAAUGCGAGCACAGCCAUUGCCAAAUGUUUCCAGUUCACAUAUUUUGGGCUGAAAUUUUAAAUUCACUUUGCAUUCUCACUUUAGUGUGGCCUUAUAUUGAACUUCACACCAGGGGGAUAAUUUAUGGAGAUGGGAAAAUAACAAAUAGUGGAUUUUAGUGGAUUUAUCAAAGGCCAAGAGAAGUAUAUACAAUCAGUCUAUUCUAUAGAUUGAAGAUGGCCCAAGACAAUAUUCUGCCUGAGUCCACGAACAGUAGCAUGCUGAAUAAAACACCUGCUGAAGCCACACUCACACAAGGCACACUCAUUAAACAUAAUUAUUAUUAUUUAUAAAGAGCCAACACAUUCUGCAGCGCAGUACAAUAUGUGGACUAACAAACAAGUAGUUGCUUGGAGAGUUUACAAUGACGGCUUAGUUUUUUAGAGGACAGUGUUACAGGAGAGAAGGUUGAUUAGUGAGGUGUGUGGUGUGAUAGAUGCUAACAGUUUGAUAGGCAUUCUUGAAGAAGUGAAUUUCCUUGAUCUUUUUUAAGCAAUGGAGACGGGGUGAGAGUCUACUGGUGCAGGGAAGGGAGAUCCAUAGGAACUUUGCAGCCCUAGUGAAGUCAUUUAGGUGAAAGUCAGACGGAGGUUUUCAACAGUGACCUGGAUGGACAUGCUUGUGUAUUAGUGAAGAUAGCUAGAGAAAAGCAGUAUUAUGAAGAGAUUUGUGAGGACCAGAAUUUUAAAUUGAACGCCAUUGGAGGAGGACAGGAAGAUGAGCCUUGUCAACAAUUAUUAUAGACUGUAGCAUAAAAUUAAACCUUCCUAGAAUUUAUUUUUCACUUUCUCUCCCCAUCAGUUGAUAUGCCAUUUCACUGCCUCCCAUUUUCAUUUCCUGUCUCUGCAAUUAAUGUCCCAUGCCACUGACCCACAGCCUAUAUACAGAAUUCAGCUCUGCAAAUUCAUAUCCUUUUCAAUUUCACAAUAUCUUUCUCCCUAGUUUAUAUUAGCACAGCUUAUUUAUGAUUCUCAACCAUAGUAUGCCAAUUAAUCUUCAACUUCCAUAUGCCAUAGUCUUGAAUUCAUCUCAUCCAGACAUACUCCUCUGACCCUUUUCUCUUAGCUGUGUUCGACCAAUUUGUCACACCAGUCUCUCUCUCUCUCUCUCUCUCUCUCUCUCUCUCAAACUUUAAGCAUCUCCCACACAAUGCUCACAUACUUCUAUACAACACCUCAAGCAGCCUACACACAGCCUCCCCAUUCUCAACUCACACAAAUCCAACAACUAUAAUCUCUUGUCAUUUGCAGAAAAUGUUCCUUAAGUGCUAUUUCAUGUGGUUUAUGUACAUGUAUUUUGUUGUUUUUUUUGUAAUCUCAAAAAUACAAUUUCAAACCGUUUGACUGAAAAAUACAUAGUUAUGUAACAUUCUAAAUAUUGCAUGUCACACUCCCACAGGUCACUCUUUUACAUCCUCUGAGAGGACCAUAGAGCAAUCUGGAACAUAGGUUGUUAAUAAAAUAGCUUCACCUAUAUCAUACAAGCAGGAUUGUGUCAUCCAGAUAGAACCAUUUUCACAAUUUGCAUUAAAAACACAGUGACAUAUGGUAGUGACGUAAGGGUUACAUUUAAAGAAUAUCUUCUGGGAAAAGAAUUCCAGUUUGGUAAUCAUUGCAACAUGUACUUUAGCUGAUGUGAAUUCUACUAGGUUUCCAUCAUACUCAGCCAUGUGCCAGUACAAUUUAAUGUGUUCUAGCUAAUUAUAAUGUUUGAAGGACAUAUUAUCUGGUCACAGUUGCAGUUUUUUGCAGUUUUAGUUUUUCUGUUUACAACCUAAUAUUUUUUCCAUCAUCUCGCUACUAGUGCGCUAUAAGAGCAGUAUUUCUCUGUACGGGCUGGUUGCUGAGUAAUUGCUACUGAGAUAUAUCAGGUUGCAUUAAGGCACAGAGUUACUUUGUGCUAUUCUUUUGAAAUGUUGUCAUCCGUAUGGCAUCAGUCAUAAUGGCAUAUAUUCAAAAUGACAACGCUGAAAAGACACAACAUUCGUUUCUAUACUUCAACAUCAUGUCCUCAGGAGAUUCAUCCCUGCCUUCUGGGGUCAAACAACCACCUGAAUACUUUAAAAAUAGAUUUCCUUGGUAAAAGAAAUCAGAUGUAUCACAUACUAAUAACAAAAAUAUACCACCACUUGUCAUCUGUGGACCUAACAAUCACUGUUUAUCCAAAGACUAGACCUUGAACCUUCAUUUUUUCUUUGCUCUUCUUCUAUUUCUUUCUCUCGUGUCUCUCUGUCAAGUUCAGGCUUUGCUUACUAUUCUCUGCUUUAUCUCCUCCCUCUCCAUCUCCUUACAUGUUUUAACUUGUCCAGUCUGCCCUAGUCUAUCCUACUUUCUAAACUGGGCAUCCUACCCUCUCAUAUUUGUAAUGGUCUGCUGUUAACCUUAACACCUUAUCUGUGACACUAACCCUCACCUUUCAUUAAACAGAGGCUUGGUGUUUUAUUUUUAUUAUAUGCUACUUACAUUGCUUACCACUCUUGUUCCUGUAUACAUCUUGUAACAGAGCUCCCUGUACCCCUGGCUGGGUACCUCCGCCAAGGACCGCUUCCGAGCUGGAACAGGGGACAAACCGCAGCACUUCUACCCACAGUUGACAUGGCUUGACUGGGGUCCUGGAUCCACUCCCUCCUGGAGCCGAAUGCGGAAUUCGCUCUAGACACCCCCAGGCACUCGACGACACUCAGUCCUGGGAGCUCUAGUCCUUACAAGGACUUUCCUCGUUAAAUCCUCCACACUGGAACAGUGAUAAAAGAGUAGCCCUUUCCCCUCCCAGUAACCAGACGACACAUAGUUCUGGGAGUACAAGCUGGAAUACCUUUUAUUGGCAGCCACAACUGGCCUUAAAUGCAGGUUCCUAUGCAAGGGGCACUCCCCCCUGGACCUAAGAGAAAAACUACAGUAGAAACAAAUACACAAUUACAUUGGCUCUCAGAUCCAGGACACUCCCAUACAUAAUAAUAUAAUCCCUCCCCUGUGCCUUGGAGAUAAUUGAGUCAAGUACUGUAUUAAACUCAAUUAUCUCCAGGUACACAAAACACAAAUUUCCCAGACACCCGAAAAGUACCUUAAAAAUACAUAAAACCCUACAAAAGUUACAUCCUGAUAGCCCUGAUCUGGGUGACCAACAUAUCCAAAAAUCACCCAGAUUGGUUCAGGGGUUCAGAAAUUUCCUGGAAGUCAUAAUUUGACCAACCGCAGGCAUGGUCCCAUGCCCAAAACAGUUCCAGAGAAUCAGGAAUUGCGGUCAAGUCAGUUCAGUAGUUUAAAAAUCACACAAACUACCAAACAUAGUCAAUGUUCUUACCCUGGAGCUUGUUCCCCUUGUUUGUGGGAACGGUUUCACCGAACAGUGUCGAGCAGUGUCUUUCUAAGUGUUGUAGAACCGAAUCGCAGGUGAUCAUGGAGGUCCAGCGGUGUUCGGGAGUUUGAACUCGACGACCAAACACCGCUGCCUGUGUUCAUGCGAACGAGAUGGCCGCCACCUUGUGGUCGUCCAUAGGAAACGCGGCCACCCAGAUGAACACUUAGAACACUGCAGUGGAAAUUGCUACAAAGUAUCAAUUAGGCUUAACAAGCUCCAGGGUGGUCUCUGGUUCAUGCAGCUGUUCGGUUCCCGAACCAUAUAGUCCAAAUACACGAAUGGAGACUUUUACAUUACAUUUUACAGGGUUCAUAGUCUGUGGGCAGAAGGCUGGCAAGCAGGCUCCCCCAGGAACUCGAGGCAAACUCACUUGGAAAGGGGAUUUUGUCACACAUCUGUACUUUGUUAAAAUCUUUUUAAUACAAUUCAUGGUAGUUGCCUAAUUUGGGGAUCAGGAGAGCCUUCAGGUAGAUCUGGAUAUACCUGGCAUAUUCUUUGUACAUGAUUGUUACCAGGCAUGUUAAAUCUGCAUUGCCUUUUGGGUCUAAUAUAUUAAUUUAAUGUUUACCUGUGAUGGAAGUAAGUAAAAAAACUCUUAUGAGAUGUACCUUUUAAUUAGAACACACUAUAAACUAUAACGUUUAUCCAGCCUGUAAGUUUUUUUGUUUGUUUUUUGGACAAUAAAAUGUAUUUCUACACUUUUCAGAUGAAAAUGAAUGUGAGCAAAGUAAUGGUGGCUGCAGUGAGAUUUGUAUAAACCUGAAGAAUUCUCACCGAUGUGAAUGUGGAAAAGGAAGGAUCCUAGGGAGAGAUGAAAAAUCUUGUGAAGGUAAGAAAGAUCUAGUGUGAGUACCGUCUCUAGAGUAAAAGAUUAGUUGCAUUUCCAAACUUGCAUCUACUGCAUAGUGUUUCAUAUAGAGAAGAAGUAAAGAGGACUCAUUUAUGCCCCAUCUAUAGCAGAGAAGUAAAGAGGACUCAUUUAUGUUCCACAGUGAUUUGUAAGAAUUUGUAACAAUAUAGAAAAUAUAUAAUUAUGGCCUCUCUCGGUAUACGUAAAUGUCAUUCACUCUGCAUUGAAUAUGUAGCCUUAUUGCAAACAUUAGAUUAAUCAAAGUGUGUAAAAUAUCUGACAAUAUGUAGUUUAGUCAAAUAAUAAUCUAAUUUUAAGUCCUGCUUCUUAUGAGCCAAAUAUGGUACUUUCAUUAAAUAUUUAUAUAUGAUAAUGCAGAGAAAACCCAGUAGCGAUAUAACAAGGUCUGACAACUUGCUUGUUUCUGUUCUAUAUAGGAUAAAGUGAAAAGUACAUUGUCUUAAUUAAAGUAUUACUACAAUCUUUAUUUUAUUUUAAAAUGCCUUACUGGGCGCUUGUAGCAUGUCCAUUUAAUAAUGAUAUUUAUAUAGAAAUAGACAUAGUGAGGUGGGGAGGGAAAGCACUGAGGUAGGUGAGAUCUAGGUUUCCCCUUGUAGGCUAGUAGUUUGCCCUGACAAUAGAUAUAAUUUUUGCAUUGAAUUGACAUCAAGCAGAAAGUCUUCACAUACAGAGUUCUAUCUCCACUGAUCUCUAUUUGAAUACAGUAAGUUGGUGGAGUUUUAAUGGGUUGGGUCCAAGUUCUGUACGUGGGUCAACAGGAUUAAUCUAUGAUGUAUGUUCAUUGUUAGUAGAUGGAACUAUGUAUCGUAUGGUCUGCUGGUCAGGGAGCUGGAAACAAAGUGCUCUGUAAGCCAAGCUAAUUGAGUAUAUAGAACUCCCUGCACAGUGGUGCCUGUUACUGCAGGUUUCUCGUGUAACUAACUGAACAGACAUUCUACAGAGAGAUAAGGGAUUGACUGCAAAUGUGUCACGUAUUCAUCCGCUUAUAGAAAUGUGGUUAAUGACAUUUACUGUCCACACAGGAAAAGUUGUGCCGAGCAGCAACCUAAUCCACAGAAGGUUUAAUGCUGAGCAGUAAUUGUGCAAAUGAAACCUGGUGUCAUGUAUUCAUCCGCUUAUAGAAAAGUGGUUAAUGACAUUUACUGUCCACACAGGAAAAGUUGUGCCGAGCAGCAACCUAAUCCACAGAAGGGUUAAUGCUGAGCAGCAAUUAUGCAAAUGAAACCUGGUAACUGACUUUGGGGUCAAAGGCCGGUUACAGCCUAUCAGAACUAAAGGAGGGGUAUUUAGGCCCAGUUCUCAGCCUGCUCAGUGCCCUGUCGUGGUUUCCCUUGUGGUUGUCUGAGAGCGCGUUCCUGUUUAUAGUUUUCUACCUGGUUUUGACUUUGGCUUUGUUUAUUGACUUCUCUAUAUUCUGGUAUCCUGACUCCUGGCUUUCCUCAUCGCUGUGUCCCUUUCUGUGUUCCCUGACCUCGGCUAGUAUUUUUGACUAUUCUUUGUACGUUAAAUCCGGCCAUUCUAAGGACCGGUAAUACGUUACUUAUUUGUCAUCCGUGCUGUACAGUUCUACGUGCUGGAUCAAACAGUAAUCUUGACAAAAUGUGGGCAACUAGAGCAUACUGUUAGAUUUAGUCCAGAGAUAGAGAACUUAACUAAGAUAUGAUUAGUAUACGACCCUUAUACUCUCAUGCUGUGGGCAAAUCAGCUGCCAUGAGCAGUCUUUACCUGGAGAGAGUACCUGUGUUGAAACACAAAAGCACAUUUAAGUAUCCUGAACAUUUAGGUAGGAGGUACACAGUGAAUCACAGGAAAGGACACUACAGACAUCUGUAAUUGGUCUGAAUAUUACAAAAGAGUUGUAAUAAAAGGGCUUAUUUGAGCAGGGCCUACUUCACGCUAUGGUUCAUUAUUUUAUUUUUCAACUACCUGCUGUUUUAUAUACCCAUUAUAGAUCUAUAUAUAGCUGUGUGUGGAUAUUGCACAAAAGACCGUGUCAAACAUCCUACGGUGUAAGCAGUACCACUUAAUAUCUACUGAUAUGUAUGCUUUAGCUGUAACAAUAAUAUCUCAAAAUGGAAGUAUAUCUGACAAAUAAAGAAUAUAUGUUGCUUAACGGAAGAAUUGAUUCAAUCAACAACAUAAUUAGACUUUCCCAGGCAAAUAUUUUUUGAUAAUUUCCACUAAUGGUUGCUUAUUAAUUAUCCAAGCGGUGAGGCUCCUGGAACUCACAGCCCUGUUAAAUGUAUGUAAAUUGUAAUUCUUUUAUUUAUAAGGCUAGUAAGCCCUUUGUUCUUUUGUAACCUUCCCUAUACGGAUCCUGGUUUUCCGAUAUACCCUUGUUUCAUCCAUUUCAGUUAUAUCUGGUAACAUGCUACAUGCUGCUGUAUCACACGUGAAGCCUCCAUCUUGCCACUGACUGCUAUGUCUGAUGUAACCCUGUGUGUUAGCCUUCCAUACAUUAAUAUACAAUAAUAAAUACUUUAAUUAUACUAAUAAAAAGUGUUUCUUUAUUAUAUAAAGAACUUGGAAAGUUCAAAUCAACCCCUGAACAGAUAGUAUGUGUAACGGAUCACCUGGCACCCCGACUGGGUACCUCCGUUGAAAGAUGCUCCUAGCGCUUCCUGAGGACUCCAAGCACUGCAGCAGACACCACAACCACCGAACCGGAGAAGCAUGUGAAUCCUCUCAAGCAUAUGAAUGCUGUAGACAGUUGAAUAGGAACCAUACGAAUAGGUUUACUCUCCUAGCAGUCAAACUGGAACAGCAUACAAUAAAUCCUUCCCCCAAUAAUGAGACGACACUUCACUUUGAGGGUUAAAGCAGGAACUCCCUGUACUGUCACAUACAGUCUCUUUUAUUCCCAAUCCACAAACAUAGUACAGCCCACAGGGCGUUACAAAACAGCCAAUCAAUUCAUACAAUACACACAAACACUCCCACACAAAAUCCUCCCCUCUGGCUGUGAUAUGAUUACUGAACACAAUGGGUAAUCUAAUUAUCACAGCCAGAGAAAUACAGUUUCAUAAACACAUCACAGGGACCCCAAAACAUGCAAUAACCCCAUAAAAAAAAUAAUCUUGGAACUGGGGGAUCUGGGUGAACCACAUAGCCAAAAUUCACCCAGAUCUGUUCAGUACUUUGGAAAAUACAGUUUAAUGCAGAUUCUGCAGAACAUAUACAGGCUAAAUAAAAACAAUCACUGUAUAAUGUGUCCCCUGCUGUAUAGUCCAAAACCACCGCACGAUGUCUCUGUCAACAAAUACUGGCGAGAUGGCACCGUGUUGAAAAGUCCAAACAGUGUCUGGGAGUUAAAAUGGCCGCCAUCCAUUGUUCUCACCAUGUGCUUCUGAUACAGGAAAUGGUGGCCACCCAGUAACUCCACAGUAUGUCCCCAGAUGGUUCUUAAAAGGGCCAGCAGCAGCACAACACAAAUCCAUUAUGCCCAAAUCAUGUCUUUAAAGGGCAAUACAUCCCAGGGGCCAUAGUCACAUGGCAGGAGGCUGGCAACCAGGCUUCUCCAGUGCAUAGUGGCGAGGUUGGUUCCGCCACAGUAUGUGUUGAAUUGGCACCUGGAAAACCUUUAUAUUACUACCCAUAAUAACCCUGUGGUGGACUGCCUAGCACCCUGACUGGGUGCCUCCACUAAUCGCUGCUUCCUUGCUACACUGAGUACUCCUAAGCACUCCACCGAACACCAUAACCACCGUAAACCCCACAGCCAGCUUACAGCUUGGUUGGGGUCUUGCUGUCCUCCACCCACCAUGGACCCAAGACCAGGAUCCAGCUUCCAGUGGGUAGACCUCUCCUACUCCAGAGAGUAAAGCAGGAUGCUCUCACAAGAGAAUAUGUUGUAAUCCAAGGGAGUAUAGUGAUUAUAGCAAUUCCCGGAGUGAAUAUAGCUGUCCCCUCCACACAUGAAAUGAGGCUCUAUGUUGAGGGUGAAGAGGAACUGUUAAAUUGCAGCCUCAAAUGGCCUUAUAUGCAGGUUCUCAUGCAAGGGGUUUACUAUAACAUAUUCCAGGGGCAUUACCCACUGGACCUGAGAGGGGACUCUGACAAGGUACACACUUUAAUCAUAUUGGCUCUAAGGUCCAGGACACUCCCACACAAACAGGGUAACCCCUCCCCUGUGCUUGAGAGAUAAUUGAGUCAUGAACUGUGCUAAACUCAAUUAUCUCCAGGCACAGAAAACAUACAUUCUAACAAUAUCAUGCAAGUACCCCCAAAACACAUGGAAAUCCCACAAAAAUCACAUCCCCUGAUAGCCCCGAUCCGGGGGACCAACAUAUCCAAAAAUCACCCAGAUCGGUUCAGGGCAGGGCCGCCAUCAGGGCAUGACAACCGCAACGGUUGUCAUGGGCCCGGCGGUCCUGGGGGCCUAGACUGCUAAGGUCGUUCGGGCCCCACAUUCAGUGGGUACAUACCGGGUCGCAGGGGGCCCUGCGACCCCGGUAUGUACCCACUGGGCCAGCCUCUUCUCCUGGGGGGCCCAGCAGCCGGUCACCUCAGGGCCCCCCAGAGGCUGGCCCUAACAGCCGGCCGGCACGCGAGGGAGCACUCUACUCUGAGUGCUUCCUCUUCAGCUCCCUCGCGCACCGUACUGAUGCCGGCGCCGGAAGAUGACGUCAUCUUCCGCCGCCGGCAUUAGUACGCGGCGCGCGAGGGAGCUGAAGAGGAAGCACUCAGAGGAGAGUGCUCCCUCGCGUGCCGGCCUACCGGCCAGCUGUCUGAGGGAGGUGGGGGGGAAAUUUGAGGGAGGUUGAGGAAAGAAAUUUAAGGGAGGGGGGAGGAAAUUUGAGGGAGGGGGGGAAAUAAAUCUAAGGAAGGAGGGGAGGAGGAAAUUUGAGGGAGGGGGUAAAUAAAUUUAAGGAAGGGAGGGAGGGGAAAGAAAUUAAGGAAGGAGGGGAGGAAAGAAAUUUAAGGAAGGAAUUUGAGGGAGAGGGGGAAAGAAAUUUAAGGGAGGGGUGAGAGGAAUGAAAUUUGAUGGGGAGGGGCAGGAAGGAAAUUUGAGGGAGGGGAGAGGAAGGAAAUUUGAGGGGGGAGUAAGAAAAUUUAAGGGGAGAGGAAGGAAAUCUGAGGAGAGGAAGGAAAUUUGAGGUGGGGAGAGAGGAAGGAAAUUUGAGGGAGGGUGGAGGAAGGAAAUUUUGAGGAGGGGGGAGAGGAAGGAAAUUUGAGGGGGAGAGGGAAGGAAAUUUUGGAGGGGGAGAAAAUGAGAGGGAAGGGGAGAAGGAAAUUGGAGAGGAGGCAAGUUGGGGAGAAGAAGGAAAUUUGAGGGAGGGGGGGAAGGAAAUUUGAGGGGAGGAAGGAAAUUUGAGGGGGAAGGACAUUGGAGAGGAGGGGUGAAGAAGGAAAUUGGAGAAGAAGAAGGAAGUUGUUGGGGGGGAGGAAGAAGGAAAUUGAGGGGGAGAAGAAGGAAAUUUGGGGGGAGAAGAAGGAAAUUGGAGAGGGGGGGAGAAGAAGGAAAUUGGAGGGUGUGGGAGAAGAAGGAAAUUGGAGGGGGAGGGGGAGAAGAAGGAAAUUGGAGAGGGAGGGGGAGAAGAAGGAAAUUGGAGAGGGAGGGGGAGAAGAAGGAAAUUGGGGGGGAAGAAGGAGAGGAGGGGAGAAGAAGGAAAUUGGAGAGAGGGAGGGAGGGGAAGAAGAAGGAAAUUGGAGGGGGGGAGAAGGAAAUUGACGGGGGAGAGAUUGACAUACAUCACACACACACACAAUGCACCCCUUGCACACAGAAAAAUAAACAAUGCAUUACACACAGACACACAUACACAAGCAAUGCAUCCCUUACACACAGCAACACACAAUGCACCCCUUACACACACUCCAUGCAUCCCUUACAGACGCACACACUGCAUCCCAUACAUACACAAACUCACCUUGCAGCCCUUACACAUACAAACACAGAUUCACACAAUGCAUUCCUUACACACAUCAGGACAUCCCCCACACACACACUCCACCCCCUGUGAACAAACUCAUUGGUGGAACAUGAAGGUGGAUCCUGGGACCCAGACAUUGAGCUGUGUAAAGGGCCCUCAAAAAAAUGGAGCUGCUUCCCGUUGAUCCCAGAACAUUUAUUUUUGUGACCACAGUUACAAACCGCCUUCAGAGAGCCUGUUCUACACCAGACCAGUGGAGCCAGACGGGAGCUAGAGCCCAUCAUCAUCCUCAUCUGGUUGUAAGUAAUUAUAUUAUUUGUGGCACUAAUCUCUAAUUUACCUCACAUUAAAGGGACACUAUAGUCCCCAGAACCACUACAGCUUAAUGUAGUGGUUCUGGUGUCUAGCCUGUACCUGCAGGCCUUUUAAUGUAAACAGGACGGCACUGCAGCACUGGUGUUAGUUAACAUGGCAGAUCAUAUGGGUGGGGCAUUGUGAUGUCACAUGGGGGGGCGGCAAACUUUACUUUUGCCUUGGGCGGCAAAAAUCCUUGCACCGGCCCUGCAGACACUGCAUUCCUGUGGGCGGACUCGGGGGGAGGGAGGUGUGGGGGCUGCAGCACUUUGGGCGGACUCGGGUGCAGGCACUGGGGGGCCCAGACCUUGAGCUGUGUCAGGGGCCCCACAAUUUCUGAUGGCAGCCCUGGUUCAGGGGUUCGGGAUUCCAUGAAAGUCAUCAUUUGACCGACUGCACACGAGGCUCCUACCCAAAAGAGUUCCAUGAAAACAGGCUGUGCUGUCGGUCUCUUUCGGGAGAACAAAAUACAACAAUAUACCGAACAGAACUGUUAGUACGUGUGCUUGCCUUGUGUCCCUCGUUCGGGAGUUUGCUGUUCUUCUCCUAUGAAUCCAACCGAACAUACGUUGAGAUGGAAGUCCCAGUGGUGUUCGCGCCAUACGAAUGAUGGCCACCUAGCUAACCACUUAGAAUGUUGUGGUUAACUAGGUCAAUAAGGGUAAUAAGCAGCACACGUCUCCCAUGGGUGGUCCAGGAGUUUGGGAGUUGGUUCGGUAUUCGAACACAAUACUCCUAAUCCGUUCGGUAAGCCAGGGACCAAGGUCUAUUGCAGGGGCCAUAGUCCUGAGGUAGAAGGCUGGCCAGCAGGCUCCUCCAAGAGCCCGUGACGAGGUUACUUUCACCACAAACCAGACUGUGACACUGAGUACUAUUACUAUGAAUAAUAAUGACUGUUUUAAAGACAGAAAAGGUAAUAAUAUCAAAUGUUUACAUUUUGCUAAAAAGUAUUACAUUUAACUUUGAAGGCCUCUCACAGGUUGUUAUUUGUAUGUGGGUUUGAUAUGAGAGCUUUGUUGUUGUUUUUUUUUUUUGUUUUUUUAACAAUACUGAAGCUAAAAAUUGCACUAUAUUAAUUAAGGGGAAAAAAUCCUUUUCCAUUUGCUUGUAUGGAAACAAAGACAAUCUGCACAGUUCAAAUGGUUAAUAUUGUAUACCAGCAUUAAUUAGUUGCAUAUUUUGGGUUUUACAGAACUCCUGUAAUCCAGUGGUUACUGUUUAGGCUGCACUCACUGCAUUAUAGUCAUUCGAACCAACCCACUGGUUUCCGAUUAAUUAACCCUAUCAUUGUGGGCCAAGUGCUUAUAUAAUCCCAUUCGCUUUACGGAAAACAUGGUAUAGAAUUGAUAAAAAAGUACUACUUGAAAAUAAGGCAUUUGUUGCAGAACAAGCUAUUUCCGUGAUGAUAAAGGUAACUGACCACUAGUUAUCGCAAAGCCACAUGUAAACUAUUUCCUCUUCGAAACCAGUAAAGUUAAAGAUAAUGACUUAAAAUAAAAAAGGGUCAUGGACAGUUUAAAUGCUGUACACUUUUUUUACACAAGUUAUUUCUAUAAUCUAAAUGUCCUCAGAAUAAUUUGUUAAAUGUCUGAUGAAUGGAGAAAUUUGGGAUGACACAAUAAUCUCAGAGACUCUUCAUUCUGACUUUGGAUGUAUAUAUAAAUCACAAGACCAGUAGAAGCACCUAUGAGAUUAUUUCAUAUGAUAAAUGUAAUUUUAUUGUGAUAUUUAACUUGCAUAUCUGUUAUGGCUGUGGACUGAUUCACAUUCAACAGGGUUAUUUACUAAUGUGAGAAUUCAAGGUGAUCUCAAAGUGAAUUUCACACUUACAGCCAAAGUAGCUGAAUAUAAAGCAUAGUUGACUUCGAGAAUUUUUCUAGUUUGACCUUAACUUUAAAAUUCACUUUGAAUUCGCAUUCAACUCUCACUUUAGUGAAUAACCUUGACGGUAUAAAUGUCCUCCUUCCUCUACAGAUUUUAGAACAUAUGAAUAAAGUACAACUUAUAGUCAUAAUGAAGCCAUAUAAAUUAUAUAUGUGUGCAUAUGCUUUUUUUUUUUUUUAUAAAUUCUUUAUUUGUUUGGAAGAUUUGUAUUUUUACAGAAAAAGGAAGUCUUACAUCACACGACAGUUUACAAGCUUUAGUGGUUUAUAGUUGCUUUGCCACUAAAGGGCUGUCAUUGUUUUGUGCAGCACCCUAAGAGGCCCCUCUCCCGCCCUUGGAACAGUGGUGUGUGGGUAUGGUACCGCGCAGGAAUUGUGGGUGCUCGGUUAUCUCCUGGGUGCCAUGCUUCGUCCCACAGGGAAUCCGUUCGAGCCGUGCAUGGCUUGUCGGACUGGCCCUGCGGUGUGUUAGGCCCAUGGCCUUCGGGGUAGUGUAUUAGGUUGUGUCCCCAGUGGCCUUGUUAUGGCGUGUACUGCCGUGUGUGCAGGCUUCCUUAUGAAGGGGAAGGGGGGUCGUAGAGUUGGGUCUGUUGGGCCCACUACGGUUCACAACGGUGUGCCUUGGUUUUCGAGUUUGCCUUCUGGGGAGGGUAAGGUGUGCUGAGGAUAUCAUACAGGGUCUAGUGCAGGUGUUUUGCUUGGGGUCCCAAUGUGGACGUUCCCCAACCUGGUUGUGAGGAGUGUCAGGCCCGUUGGGCUUUGACGUUGUUCCCUCUGGGUUUGAUUUCUCCCUGCCCUCCUGUUGGUAGUGUGUUGUUUACCUACCGACGUCCCCGGUGGGGUCCUAGAGGGGAGUGUGGUGUGGGAUCAGUUGCUGUCCCCGCACAACCAGGUCCAGCCUCCCCCAUCGUGGAGGGGGUAGGAAGGGAAGAAGGGCAUGACAGAUUUUCUACUGGGAAAGAAGGGGGAAUUAAAGGUGGAGAAAGAGUGAGAGAGAAGAACAGGGAAGGAACUGGAAAGGGGGACAAGAGGAAGAAGAGAAGAAAAAAAAAAAUAAUUAAAAGGGGAGAAGAAUGGGUGUGAGUGGAGAGCGCCUUGUGAAGCCUUAUUCGAGCUGCCACGUGGCCCAGUUGUUGGGCUCGGUUGUCAUUGUUUUAGUUCGAUUCUUGCCUUGUGGAUACUAAUUUGUCAGUCUUCUAAGUUGAAGGCUCGCAAUGGUGUAUGGGUAUUUGGUUUUUAGUGUUGCGGUGCGUUCUGGUCUGGUCCUAUCUAGUUGGUGUCCCAUAGGUCCCAUGUCUUGUGGAAGGAUUUGAACAAGAGGGCUUGAGUGUGGGGCAUGGCCACCAGCAGUGGAGGUAGGAGCCUAUUUCCCUGCAUGGCUUCCAACAUAAACCAUUGGGUAGUCUGCCCAUCUUGCGGAGUCGAUAUGGUGUCAUAUACCAACGGUAUAAUGUUUUAUAAGCCUGCUCCUUAUGAGUGACGCACACUGUGAGGGAGCCUAUUGCUGCCGAAAUCUCCGACCAGUCGCUUGGUUCCUCCGGUGGUCUGAUGUCUCUUUCCCAUGCUGCGACCUAGGUGAGGUUGAUUUGGGAUGUGUGUGUUGUUAAAGUAUUGUAGAUGUUGGAUAUCUGCCCUACGUGGAUGGGUGCAUUGAAGCAUUGCUUUUUGAAUGGAUUUGGAGGUGCUGUUCCAGCUUGUUUGAUCAUGAGCAUCUGUGCUAGGUCUCUUAAUUGUAUGUAGCGGAAGUAAUCAGAAGUGCAAGUGAUUCCAGGUUGGGGAGGGCGUUGUAUUCGAAUAUCUCACCUUGGCGGUAUAGGUGGAGCAGUCUGGAGAUGUCCCUCUAAACUAAAUUGAUUAAGUGUUUCUGGGUCAUUCCCGGUAAGAAAAGUUUACUGCGGUAGGUUGGUGUGACUGGCGUGAGAAAUUAUGAGAGGUUUGUCCCACAGAGCCAGGGUAUGCGUCACUGCAGGAGAAGUGGGUGGUGGUAGCCGUCUGUGUGCUGGGGGUACCCACAUAUACGAUGACGGUUGGUCCCAGCCUAGCAUGUUGUGCUCCAGGUCUACCCACCUUUUGGUCCCAGGUGGUGAAUGCUAUUGUUGGAGAUGCACCAGCUGUGCCGUGUGGUAGUAGCGGAGAAAGCUGGGCAACCCGAGUCCGCCCUGAAGUUUCGGCACGUACAUUAUAGUUCUACAAAUUCUCAUUUUUUUUACAUUUCCAUAUAAACUUGUCUAUGGCUGAUUGUAAGGUUUUGAGGUCUGUUCUCAGUACUGGGAUCGGCAGGGUCUGAAAGAGGUAGAUGAAUCGGGGGAGUAGGUUCAUCUUUAUACUACUUAUGCUACUUUGCGCAGCCAUGAAACUCCCAAUUUGUCCCACCUUUGUAGAUCUGUUAGAGCCGUCAUAAGGAGUGGUUUGUAGUUGAGGUCGUAGAUGUCUUAAAGGUUUGGUGAGAGACACUUUAGGGAGGUUGAUGUUGUUUUGAAGGAGGAUAGGGUGCGAAGAGUGUGGAACUGAUGUGUCUCCAUCGCCAGCGGCAUAAGUGUGGAUUUUGUCAGAUUGAUUUUGUAACCAGAGAGGGCCGCGUAUUCCGCAAUUAGUGCUAGUGUUGCGUGUAGUGAUUGUAUGGGGUCUGCUAGUGUCAGGUGGAUGUUGUCUGCAUACGCUGCCACUUUGUAUGUGUCUUGCCCGAUCCUGAUACCUUGUAUGUCGGGAUGAUUGUGUAUGGCCUGCAUGAGGGGUUCCAAAGAGAUCGCUAAUAAUAGUGGAGAUAGAGGGCAGCCCUGCCUGGUGCCGUUGGAGAUCGUAAAUGCCUGGACUUUUAUGUUGGGUAGCAGGAGUCGGCCCUUGGGAUGGUCAUAUAGCGAGGCAAGGUGUCCAACGAUAGCGCCACUGAUGGAAUUUGUCGGUGGUGAGCAUGCCAUAUCGUGUCGAAGACUCUUCUUGUGUUGUCCACUGCUUGUCUUCGAGGGAUGAAGCCGACCUGGUCCGGGUGGAUUAAUUUCAGUUGGAAUGGGUUGAUGUGGAUGGCGAGUGCCUUGGUGAUUAUGUUUAGGUCAGUGUUGAGGAGGGAAAUUGGCCUAUAGUGGCCUGAAUCCAAGCAUUCUUUGUCUGGUUUUGGGAUAAGGCAGAUGUUGGCUGUGGGCAUCUACCAUUGUAACGGAUCACCUGGCACCCGACUGGGUACCUCCGUUAAAGGAUGCUCCUAGCACUUGCUGAUGACUCCAAGCACUGCAACAGACACCAAAACCACCAAACCGUAGGUGCAUAUGAAUGCUCUCAAGCAUUUGAAUGUUGUAUACUGCCGAAUAGGAAAAACCAUGCGAAUAGGUUUACACUCCUAGCAGUCAAACUGGAACAGCAUACAAUAAAUCCUCCCCCAAUAAUGAGACGACACUUCACUUUGAGGGUUAAGCAGGAACUCCAGAUUUACUCACACAACCACCUUUUAAGACAUUCUCCCAUGCAAGGGAGGGAUCCACAACAAUUAGUACCCCAGCCAAUAAUGUACCAGUUACCUCCCACACAUAUCCUCCCCUUAGUGCGACACAUAAUCCCAUUAGUACAGACACAAAUUCCCUGGGUUACUGGAUGUAUCCCUAAACAUAGGGUUACACCUUUAAAUGCUACAUCCCCUUGUAGCCCUGAUCUGAGUGAGACACAUAUCCAAAAAUCACCCAGAUCGGACCAGGGGUUCGGGAAUUAUGGAGGGUUAAAGUUUUGACCGACUGCAUGGCAAAAGUAUCCGAAAAUAGUUCCAUGUAUUUUGGCCCUGCAGUCGGUCACAGAAAAGGGAAUGAAAACACACGAAUUGCCUGGGUUAUAGAGCCUGGCCACCCAGAGGACAAAACCACACAUUACACUGAUUGCCAAUUACCCGUUUGCAACAUUGUUGCACACUUCUUCCUGGGUGGUCUGGUUGUUCGGUAGUUUCACUCAAUAUAAUGAAUGGAGUGAUUCUACUGAACAAUCGGGGGAAUGCUGCAUACACAUAUACAAUUUAGCCGAACACACAGAAACAUACAUAAUAUAAAAGACAUCCUUACUGUAAUCUGCUACCAAGUCUUAAAGGGGUAUUGUUCCUAAAAGUCAUAAUAUGUCCCCGGAUGGCCCUUAAAGGGCCAGUAGCAGCAAUAUAAAAUAUCACAUGCCCAAAUAUUGCAUUAAAAGUACAAAUUUACAAGGGGCCAUAGUCAGCAGGUAGGAGGCGGGCAGCCAGGCCUCUCCAAUGUCCAGUGGCAAGGCGGGUUCCGCCACAACCAUGGCAGGGGGUGUCCUUGUAGGAGUGUGUUAAAGACCUUACAUAGGUGUGGGUCUUGGGAGUUUUUAUAGUAUAGGGCUGUGAAGCCAUCCAGGCCAGGGCUUUUUUAUGGGUUUCAGUGUUUUAAAUACCAGUGCGAUCUCUUCUGCUUCCAUGAGGGAGGCGAGGUGGUCCUUGGCCUUAGUGGGGAGAGAGGGUAGGUUAAGGGGUGCGAGAAAGGCAGAUAUUUUUGUCAGGUGCUCCAGUUCUUGGGUGUAUGGCAUAGAGAAGUGGUAUUAUAACUUGGUAUAGUACUGUAGGAAGGUACUUGCUAUUUUCUCUGGUUGGUUCAUGAGCUCUCCUUCUUGUUUGCGGAUUUUAGAGAUUGGCUUCUUUCCCUGCUUUUUUUUGUGUGCUAGGAGGGUGUCGGCCUUGUUACUCUUUUCAUAGAACUUCUGUUUGGUCCACAUGAUGUUUCGUGCCACAUCCAUCGCCAUUAGAGACUUUAUUCUGUACUCUCAGUUGGUCCAGGAUUGGUUCUGUCGGUUGUUUGUGGAUCGUUUCAAGACUCCUGAGGUCUGCUAGGCCAUCUGCUAGGUUUUGUAAGCAUUGCCUUUUGAGGGCGGUGACCAUAGAAAUUAAGUGGCCUCUGAUCGCUUUGUGAGUGGCCCAUACCAUCGCUGGGGAGAUGUUGUCCAUUGUGUUUUUAGCGAAGUAGUCUCGAAUGUUGGUGGUCAAAGUGUAGAUGGUUGCUUUGUGCCAGAGUAUCAUGGGGUUGAGACGCCAGAUCCAGGGGCGGACUAGGUUGGGUAUUUUGAUUGUCAUGGUGACCUCCACGUGGUCUGACCAGGCUAUGGUGUCUAUGCUCGUUUGGACAGUCCAAGAUUGGAUCGCGGGCGAUGUUAGAAAUCCAUCUAUUCUGGAGUAUGAGUGGUGUGUGUGCGAAUAGAAGGUGUAAUCUAGAGUGGAGGGUUGCUGGAGUCACCAGACGUUGAUUAACCCCUUAAGGACCAAACUUCUGGAAUAAAAGGGAAUCAUGGCAUGUCACACAUGUCAUGUGUCCUUAAGGGGUUAAGGACGAUGUGGCCAGAAAUUUGGCAUAGAGUUUGUUGUUCCUGGUCAUCGUUGGCACCCUGCGUCAGUCAAUGGUGGGCGUAUGGGUCGCGUUGUAGUCUCCCCCAAUGUUCAUGUGUUUAGUUCGUACUCUAAGGAGGUGGGUCUGAAGAGCUCCCAGAAUGUAGCGUCUGGGAUGGUUGCGGUGUAAAGGGAGCACAUGGCCAGCUUUGUGGUGCCCACUUGUCCAGUGAGGAAGAGGAAUCUGCCCGAUGGAUUUUUGAUGACCUGAAUGUCUUCAAGAGGGCAUGAGUUGCGGAGCAGAAUCACAACUCCUUUCGUCUUGGGUUCCGGGGAGUUAGCCAGGUAGCUUAUUUUGAAGUGUCUAUUGAUGAGGUGGAAGUGUUUUUCCGGUCAGUGAAAUGCAUUUCUUGGAGCAUGAUGACGUCUGCUCCCGUGCGGUUUGCCCAGCGUAGAAUUCCAUGGCGUUUGCCAGGGGUAUUGAGGCCUUUCACGUUAAUGGAAGUGAACUAAAGUUUAAGGGCCGGUGGUGCCAUUUCUCAGUUACCAUCAGCAUGGGCCAUUUUGAGUAGGGUAGGGUCAAAUGGAGUGGGGAGGGGGGCAGGGAGGCAAGAAAAAGUCCUGAGGAGUGGGAGAGGGGGUAGCGGCAAAGUAGGUGAAGAGGUAAGAGGUAUGGAGUUGAGAGAGAGAAGGGCAGGAAUCUAAUAGGAGAGGGAUUGGGAGGGGAAGAGGGUUGGUGUUGGCACUCAAGGGGUGGGUCCAGUGCGCAGGGCAGCCCACACCAGAAAUGUACUGGUAAGCUUAGGGCUGGGCUUAUCAAUCUGACAUUGGUGUCUCCUCUGGCUGUUUAGGCUGUGGAGUGUGAAGGUUGCGAUGGGAAGCGGGAUGGAAGACGGUCGAUGUCUCUUGCAGGCCUUCGUUGGCUUGAUGUCGGUGGUUGCUGCGGCACAGUGCGGUGAUGCACCUGAGAUGGGAGUUGUGGUAAGUCCAGGCUACUGAGGAGUGUGGCUACCUCCAUCGGUUGCGUGAUAGUGUAGAAUUUAUUGUCCUUGUGGACAACGAACUUGAAGAGGUGACCCCAAGUGUAUCUAAGGGCAUGGUGGCUGAGGUGCUGUGUAAGUGGGUGUAGGUCUUUUCUCCUCUUCAGCGUGCUGGGCGCCAAGUCCCGGUACAGUCGGAUUUGCACGCCGUCCACCUCCACAGGGUUGUCUCUGGCAGAUUGCAUCAGUCUCUCCUUGAUAUGAUAGUAGUGCAUACGCACUAUAACACCUCGUGGGAUAGCAGAGUUGGCGCGCUGAGCGCAGUGAGUGCAGUCCAUCAGAAGGUCCGCUGCGGAGGCCUCGGGCAGGAGGUUUGGGAAAACCGAGGUGAGAAAGUCUGGGAGCAACUCAAUGGAGACUGUUUCUGGCAAUCCCCUUACCCGGAAAUUGUUCCCGAUGUGUCCUGUUAUUGAGGUCUUUAUUGGAUUCUUCCACGGUGCAUAUCUGCUCUCCAGUUCUUGGAUAUCUGUGUCGUGGUUAUGUACAGUCUCCACCACCUCUUCCAUCUUGGUUAGAUGGCCCGUUAGAAUAGGGCACAGCCUCUUGUCCAGCUCCUCAGCGACGUAUUUUCUAAAGUCUGCCAGGAAGCCCUUCAUGUCUUUUCUGGUUAGCGGGGUCUCUGGCCCAUCUGAGGCCACAAUGCUGCUCAUUUUUGAGUCUGACUCAGAUUGGGAAUGUUCCAAAGAUGGCGCUAGCACGGACAAUCAGGGCCACCGAUGAGUUGCGGGAUUUUCUUUCACCCCCCCAUUUGGUAAAGGUGUGACAGCAUAUGGGUCCAAGUUUGGAGGGAAUUUGGGGGCUCAGUUGCUAUUGAUGGCUAUUGAUGGCUUUGUAUUCGGCAAAGUUCAGGAAUUAUGCCAUUCACUCGCAAGGUCAGGCACCGCCUCAUAUGUGUGCAUAUGUUGCUGCUUAACAAAUACUAAAUAAUAAUAACAAAGUAUUUAACCAGGAAAGGUACAUUUGGAUUACUCUGGUUUUCAAGUAUGUCCUGGGGAUGUUAGCCGAACAUCCAAGGGUUGUUACUAUUGCCCAAUUUAAUGGUACUCAUUUUAUCUACCUUGGAAAGGGCUGAGUUAACCCUGCCAGGAUUUGAACCUAAGGGUUGAACAGAUUCUACUGAUGAUGCAUUAGCCCACUGAGCUAUCUCACCGGCACUAUGGUUUAUUGAAUUUGGCAAUAUAUAGGCCGGGAGUGGUUUAAUUGGUAAAGGGGAUGUGAGAAAACUAUAGUCAUUACUCAGUUAAGGGGAAGGUGUUUUGUAGGCUUAUCAUUUUUAUCUUACUUUUUGAACUUAAUCUAAUCUUGUACAAACUUGAGAGAUGAACUGUUUUCCCUAUGAUUCUCACAAGACCAGUGAUCUUGAAAGGGUUAGCAGCACACCGCCACUAUAUAUAGCUGUCCAUUAUCUAUAAAUGGCUAAAAUAACUUGUCAAUAAUUAAUUAUGAAUAUAUUUUAUUCUUGACAAGUUGUUUAUUUAUUUCAAUCUACUAAAAGUUCCAUAGAUUAGACAAAGAAAAGUUUUCUGGACAUUUUUCAGAUAGAAAUGACUGAUCUGACAGUUAAGUUUAUUGCUUUGGGAUCCUUGGGAUUGCUUUAGAAUCAUAAUGUUAUCGUUUUUUUCUUUUUACUGCAAGCUAUUGCUUGAUGGACUCCAUCUGAAUGUCUGUUUUGUUUUCCCCUUUACCUCAAUUCACCUGCAAAUUAACUUGUUUUUCUUCAGCUCAAAACUUGUUGAAGUACACAAAGAAAAACACAAUUCAGUUCUUCUUAGAUUUAUUGUUCCUGUUUGAUUGUACAUAAAAAUAAAGUCUAAUAAAAAGUUUUAAUCUAACUAUAUAUGAACUUUGCAAUAACAUUUUACACUUCCUGGCCCCAUCUUUUUUUAAAUUCUUAUUAGCCGAAGAGGUAUAGUUGCUUUACCAUGCCAAAUGUAGGACCAGUUGAUAUCUCAGGAUUGUAGUUUUGUGUCAAAUCACCCUCUCAUUUCCAAGCUCGGAAAAAUGAAUACUAAUGAAUUGAAUGAGAAUAACUUCUAAGAAAUAUUUGGACAUGAUAAAAAGCUCAAUGUGUUCAUCUUAAUGAAACAUGUGUAUUAUUGUUAGCAUCAUUAGACAAUGGUAGUUCGAUCCAGUCUAUCCUUAAUCAUCAAAGGUCAUGGACUCCUGGAAUUCAAACAUGGAACAAGGAAGGAUAAAAGUAACUAGCUGGGAUCUAAUGGAUUCAUUGGAAAACUGUGGUUGCACGUACCAAAAUAGUUAGUACUGCACUAAACCCAACUCUAGAGUUUAUUGCCAUCCAAGGUUGGACAGAUUUGGUUGGACACUAUAGAAGGGUUUCCGUACUGUAUGCAACUUUUUUGAUUUAGGAGUUCUCUCAAUAACUGCAUAUGACACAUCUGUUUAACCGGUUAAAUUGUUAUUAUCCUUUAGUAAUUAUGCCCUCAGAAGUUCCUGCUUGCACUCGUAAUUACCUUCGUUUGAUGUCUAUUCCGUUGCGUGAACUAUUCUAUCUUUUUAGAUGUAAACAUUGAGAUCAACAUCAGCAAAACAAAGACUGGUAAUUCAGAGUAGUUUUAAAAGAAGUGACCCUAAUAUAUGUAGCGGAUGGCACUGGGCUGUCCUGCAAAAUGUCUUGUGAAUAACUGCAUUCGUGUGAUCUGCUAGUUUUAUAUGUGUUUUAAAAGAAUUGUAUUCCUCUGAUUGUUCGGUAGAAUCAUUCGAAUAAACUAAGGGAAUGAAACUACCGAACAAUCAGACCUCCCUUGUGUGAAGUGUGUCCUCAAUUACCCGUUGCAACAUUGUUGCGAACGGGUAAUUGACAAGUUAAGUAGCCGUCCUUUGUUCUCGGGGGUGGCCGCCAUUCGACAAACGAACACGUGGCAGCGGCCAUUUUAAAACUCCCGAACAGCGGUGUUUUGCCGUCGAGUGUCUGGAACUCAAAUCGGACACUCGACUAGGCGAACACCGCUGAAACCUCCACAAGCCCGGUCCGUUCGGUUCCAAACGAGGGGCCGUUCGGUAGAUAGAAAGAACCGAACGAGGGGAUUCAGGCGAACCCUCCCUAGCCUCUAUAGCUAGAGGCUUUCGUGCAGUUUGUUCCCUUAUUCCAGGACCGACUGCAGGGCCCAUUCACAUGGAACCGCAUUCGGUUAUUUCAGUCAGUGCGGUCGGUCGUUUUAUUCCCUCCAUAAAUUUCCCGAACCUCUGGUCUGAUCUGGGUGAUUUUUGGAUAUGUUGUUCACCCAGAUCAUGGCUAUCAGUGGAUGUAGGAUUUAAAGGGGUACCCCUACGUUUAGGGGUACAUCCAGAAACAGGGGGAAUUGCUAGCCUGGAUAAGGGGAUUAUGAUGCAAGCUGAGGGGAGGAGAUGGGUGGGAGGUUACCAGGACAGGAUUGGCUACUGUACUAAUGAAUGUAAAUCCCUCCCUUGCAUGGGAGCAUGCUUUAAAAGGACACUGUGGAUUAAAAGAUUUCAGUUCUGCUCCUGAAACUCUGUGUCGUCCAGUUAUUGGGAUUGCUGUGAUUUUACCUGCUGGAAACCUUGCCUGUGGAUUUACUAUUUACUUGUUCCUGAGCCUCACUUGGAUUAUAAGCGGAGAUACCCUGGGGAAUAUUGCAUCUCCGCUACAAUAUAAAUAUACUGUAAUUCAAAAUGCAGAGCUUAUAAGUGGUUUACAUGUCUCGUUUGGUUUGUAACAUUAUGUUUCAUCCAAAAAUGUCAAAACACAGAAUACAUGCAUUGAGUAAUUCAUUCAGUUGUUUUUCUCAAUUAGAUAUUGAAAGUUGUCAUAACAACAAUGGAGGCUGCAGUCAUUCUUGUGUACCUGUUGAUGACUCAUAUGUGUGCCAGUGCCCCCGUGGGUUGAUAUUAUCUGAGGAUAAUCACACCUGCCAAGGUAUGAGAUAUAAUUUCACAUAAUACAUUUCCAUAUUUUUUACCUGAUUCAUAGAAACAUUUAUACUUUGGGGGAAAAAAUAUCCACACUAAAUUUCACAGGACCGUAACAUAAAUGGAUAUACAUAUAUUUAUUUAAUAAUUGAAUGAGACACUUUUUUCUAAACUGAGAAUAGUGGGAGUGGCAUUGCAUUACUGUUGUUUUGUAAAACCAACCGUUUCAGUGCUGUGUAAUUAAUUUGCAAAUGCUGCUUGGACAUGACAGGUAGUUAGGUAAGUGGAAAUGCGACUCAUGGAAAAAUGCAUGAGAAUUAAAAGGAGGGUAAUGCAUGAGAAUUAAAGGGGGUGCACUUGUUGCAGUGCACCCAUUAGCCUCACCUUUGGAGGAACAUUUACUCUCUCUGAAAACCACCCACCUAGCUUGUUAACAACAUGUGUAGCUGUUAACAACAUGAACCCACACUACCUAUCUCACCACCAAACCCUAAAUAGUUAACAUUCACCUAUCGUGCAUUCUGUAACACACUCACAAAUUUCCAACCUAUUACAUACCAUCACCCAAUCACAUUCACCUCUAGCGACACACCCUGCCACAUACAUCCACACACCAACACCAGCAAUCAGCUGAUGCACUUAGCCAAUGAGCUAGCCCUGCUCCAAAGGGCUUAGCUCAAGUGAGCUAACAGAAUCUCCUAAGCCGAUGUGUUCAACUCUCUGUCCGAAGUUGUGGAGGUGGGUAGGAGUGCCUUGGGGACUACUUAAAGGACCACUAUAGUGCCAGGAAAACAUACUCGUUUUCCUGGCACUAUAGUGCCCUGAGGGUGCCCCCACCCUCAGUGUCCCCCUCCCGCCCGGCUCUGGAAAGGGGAAAGGGGUAAAAACGUACCUUUUUCCAGCGCUGGGCGGGGAGCUCUCCUCCUCCAAUCCUCCUCUUCUCCUCCCAUGCAGCUGAAUGUGCAAGCGUGGUAAGAGCUGCGCGCGCAUUCAGACGGUCACAAAGGAAAGCAUUAUCAAUGCUUUCCUAUGGACGCUUGCGUGCUCUCACUGUGAUUUUCACAGUGAGAAGCACGCAAGCGCCUCUAGCGGCUGUCAAUGAGACAGCCGCUAGAGGAAUUGGGGGAAGGCUUAACCCAUUCAUAAACAUAGCAGUUUCUCUGAAACUGCUAUGUUUAUAAAAGAAUGGGUUAAGCCUAGCUGGAUCUGGCACCCAGACCACUUCAUUAAGCUGAAGUGGUCUGGGUGCCUAGAGUGGUCCUUUAAGAAAUAAAACCAUUCUAAAAUGGUUUGACUACUUACAAUGGGAUCACCAAUGCACUCAUGGCACUAUAAACACUGUAGUGGCUAUGUUGUCUGGAGUCUUUAAAACAUUCAAAAAUAUAAAAUACAGUGCAUGCAUUAGUAAUAUGUUCUUCAUAAUCUUUACUUUUUCCAGUUCCUGUACUUUGUAAGCCCAGCUCUAUAGAAGUGUCUGUUCCCAAGGAAUUAGUCGGAGGUCUGGAACUUUCUCUGUCUAAUUCGUCAUGUAAGGGAUUGUCUAAUGGGACCCAUGUCAACAUUAACUUUAACCUGAAGACUUGUGGAACCACCAUAAAUGUGAGUAAACACAAAUAUGUUAUAGAAUGUUAGCUAGUGACAUGCAAGUAGUUAAAUAAGGAGUCAAACUCUGGAUGUUAUGUACAUUUUAACUAUUGUAUAAAAAAUACAAUGCACCAACAUUGGCCUCAUUUCUAUUUAUGGAAUCAGCUUCAGAAAUAAUCAAAAUCUGUUAGAAAAACUUUUCAAAUGGUUUAUCUAAAGAAGUUACCAGUAAAGUCUAUGAAAAUGUUUGUAGAUAAAAAACAAAGAAAGAAAAAUACAGAUUGUCAAAACAUUUUAACAGACACAGUAGAUAAAGGGUUUUUCAUAAACAGGUACUCAUCAAUAUUUCCUAUCGUAAUAUGCAUACAUUGCAUAGUUUUCUGAAUUCAGUUCUUAAUCAAUAUUUUGAGCAAUAUAUAACGAAAUAAACAGUCAUAGAGAAACUCUCCUCCUAAGAUGUCACAACACCGGUGCUGGGAUUGGUGUUCGACUCAUCGAAAGACAUUAAUUUUAGCGCACAAAGGGCGCCCCUCUACUCACGACACCUGUGCCAAUGGUCAUUCCAGAGGAGUAGGAGUCGAACAAAGAGAAAGGAAUAAAGAAAAAGUUACAAGUUACAAGAAAUGAAGGAGGGCAAGGGUAUAAAAAAGGGGGGGUAAGGUUGUUUAUACGAAUAUUUAUAGGUGCACUAUCUGAGUGUAAUCCACCCUUCAGUACCCCUGACUCCAGACAAUCCAUAUUAGCAGAACCAGUUUUAGCCCCCACUCCAACAUGGAGAUAGCCUAGGAGACGCCCCUAAACCUAUGAUAUAUGUAAACCCUACUCCGUGAGUGAGGGUACAUAAAACAACUGCUCUAUAAUGCAAUACAUCCUUGUUGUGUGCAGAUACACUGGUGGAAAGAUACAUUUUAAAUUUCAAUGUAUUUCUUCAAUAUUAAAAACUGCUAUCUGUGCACCACUAUGGGUAGGUACUAACCACUGCAUGCCAGGAACACCCCACAAGACUUGCCAUUUUAGAAAUGCUCUGACCCAGACGUCUAGCCAUCACUAUUUGGCCCUUUUCAAAGUCAUGCAGAUCUUUUUGCUUGCUCAGUCUUCCUGCUUCUAACACAUAAAAUUCAGGAACUGGCUGUUCACUUGCUUCCUAAUAUUACCCACUCAUUGAUAGGUGCCGUUGCCAGUGGCAUCUCUAGGAUUCAUUUUUAGGGGGGGUAGGCACAUGGUGGGCCAGGGACAAAAGUAGGGGGACAGUUAUAAAACAUGUAUGUGUGUGUGUGUGUGUGUGUAUAUAUGCUCCCUUAAUCCCUCUGCAAACUGCAGUUUCAGCCAGGUAGACAAUGUGUCACACCUUAGAUCUAGCCACACUGUCCGUUCAGCUCGCAUCUACCCUAUGGAUUAAGGAAUCCAUGUCUCCCCUUCCCCCCACCCCCCCACCAUCCAUGUCACUGUUCCCCUCCCUUUCAUGUAUUUUCUCCCCCUUCUUCCAUGUCAUAGGUGUAAUUUGUAUUGCAUGCAGUGUGUGUAUUGGAUACAUUGUGCGUGCGUGUAGUGGAACUUGUGUUUGUGUGGUGGAUGCAGUGUCUGUGUAGUGGAUGUAGUGUACGUGCAUGUAGUAGUAUCUGUGUAGUGCACGUAGUGUUUGAUAAGUGCUGGCGGCCUAACCCCCCUCCCUGCCUCUUACCUGUGGGCUGGAAGGGGAGGGACAGUGUCAGUAAAGGGGGGUAGUGUGUAGGAAAGUGACAGUAUAGCAGAGCAGUGUGUAGGAAGGUGACAGUAUAGCAGGGCAGUGUGUAGAAGGUGACAUUAUGGGGUGCAGUGUGUAGGAAGGUGACAGUGGGGGGGGGAGUGUAUUGGAAGGUGACAGUGUGGGGGGCAGGGUGUUGGGAUGACAGUGUGGAUAGGCCGACUAACAGAAAAUAUGCCCUCACUAAUACACAUUUACUGACAGUCAUUGUCUUACACACAUGUUCACUAACAGACACACACUGACAUGAACACACUCUCAGAGACACAUGCACUCACUGACAUACACACACUCACUAACAGACAUACACACACUCACUGACAGACACACACCUACUGGCAGAUACACACUGACAGUAACACACACAUUCAAUGACAAACACACAGACGUCACUGACAGACACAGACUCUCACUGAUUUGACAGACACUCACAGACAGACACAUACAAAUUUACUGACAAACAUACACACACAUUCACUGGCAGAGACACACACAUUCUCUCACACACUCACAAAUUACUAAUAUUAUUAUUUUAAUUUGUCCACCCAGCUUUCCUACCUUUAGGAGAGCUGGAGUGGAGCUGUACCUGGGGUCCAGUGGGGCUGCUGUGAGGCGGACGGCUGUGAGCACAUCAGAGGCAGUGAGGGAGCUGUAAUCCUCCUGCUCUGCUCCCUCGUGGGAUGUCUAUCAAUGCAGGGAGCCAGAAGAUGACUUGUCAGACCCACUGUCUGUUCGUGUGUUUCCCGCUUGUAAUAUGUGUGUCCUCCAUGUAUUUAACCUAUUGUACCCUGCUCCCCAUUCGGGAGCGUUCAUAAGUGUGAAACCGCAAGGGAAGUAAUUAAAGAGUGCUCCCCUGGGUGGCCGCGCUUUUGUAUAGACAUACGGCACCCUGGGGGAGCAUUCGUAUCCCAAAAGGAGAAACUUCCCUUGCCUGGUUUCCACACAAGGAUCCCGCAAACGGAGACGGUUCACAACAGGGACCGUUGUGAGGGUUCCUGAGGUUGGUGUGUGCACUGGUUAGUUUGGCGGGCUUUUCUGUGCCUAGGAGACCAAGGGACGAUCCCUUUUCCCACUUUUUGGCUGCCAGGCACAGAAAUCCCUUGCAUGGGGUUAUGCAUAAAAGCCGCAUGUGGCACAAUAAAAUUGUGUUGUACCUCCAUAACUAGGUCUUGUCCAAUUACUGGGGGAGAAAUGGGUCUCUUUGCAUUCUAAGGGGUUCCAGAGUGGUGGAAUGAAGGCCACAGCGGAGGUAACCGGUCGGGUUACCCGGAGUCUGCUACAAUGAUGUCAUAUUCUGGCUCCUGUCAUCAGUAGAUGGCUCGCAAGGGAGCAGAGCAGGAGGAUUACCGCUCCCUCGCUGCAUCUGACGUGCUUACAGAUGCCAGCCUGGGGCAUCCAUAAACUGCUUCCUCCAAAACAGGAGGAAGCACUGGGGUCAUCCAUGCAGGCACUUUGGGAUAGAUAGAGCCAGGUUGGGCCUUGGCCCUUAGGCACCCUGUGCAAAAAAAUCACACACACAGGCUUACAGUCACACACAGGCAGAGUGUGAGGAACACACAGUUAUAGUGACACAGAGGCACACACAUACAUACAGUCACACACAGUUACAGUCACACAGAGGCACAGCAUAGGCACAGCCACACACACAGUUACAGUCAGAUAGGCACACAGCAAAACACACACACACAUUUACAGUCGCGCACACACAGAGGCAGACAGUCACACACACACACAAAGUUACAGUCAUAUACAAGCAGACAGACAAACACACAGAGAAAGACAGUCUCACACAGGCAGACAGUCAAACGCAGAGAGUUACAGUCACACACAGCGGCAGACAGUUACACACAUUCACACACACAGGCAGUCAAACACACACAGUGGCAGACACAGUCACACACACACACACACACACACUUACCUCUGUCCAUUAUGGGCCGUAGUGGAGGCAGUGAUGUCACUGGCCAUUGCCACAAUAUAUUCAAUGUAAUUCUCUUCAUCUGUCAGUGGUUUUAUUGUUGUUGCCAAUCAGUGUACACUGUAUAAACUUAUUUUUCUCUCCCAUCGCUCCUCUGAAAUCGUAUCCUUCUGUCAAUUGUUACAUUGGCUUCCUGUGCCCUAUAGGAUUCAAUUCAAAAUUUUUACUCUUACCUACAAAUCUUUCAACAACUCUAUACUUCUCUACAUUUCUUUACCAAUUCAUAGAUACACCCCUUUUCGGCCACUCCACUCUGCCGGUGACCUUCUGCUAUCCGUAUCUCGUACCCAUACCGCUAUCUCACUCUUACAGGACUUCUCGCAAGUUAAGAGGUUUUACAAGUCCACCUCUUCAAAAUAGGCUAUGGACUCCCAAGGUAACUGGCAUUAUUCUCUAAUUUGGUACAUUGGUAGUAUACCAAAUUAGGCAGCUAAUUAGUAUAUUGCUCACUAAUUUGGUAUACUUAUGUGGAAUUGCCAUAUUUAAGGAUACCAAAUAAGGGAGCGUUUCUUCAUUCUCCCAUUGUGCCAUUCGGAGAUUCAUUAUUCAGACUGAUGAACAAAUGAGUCAAUUUACAUCAGAAUUGUGAUGCAUCUGAAAACAAAUGCCCAAGUCUAGUAACUAAUAGUAUUAUGAAAUAGCUCAGUUGUUAGUGCUCCAGCGUCAACAUCUCAAGAAUCCUGUCAAUUUUAUUUAAGUUCAGAAGGAUAAACCUAAUAUCAUUCCGAUAGGUAUUAUUUACGUAAAUGGAGUGGCCGAAAGGGGGUGUAUCUAUGAAUUGGUAAAGAAAUGUAGAGGAGUAUAGCGUUAGAGUUAUAGGGCACAGGAAGCCAAUGUAACAAUUGACAGAGGGAUAAGAUUUCAGAGUACUUGAAAGCAAAGUGCAUUCUUCAUGGUUAAUUAAUUAAAUAUCAUUAUUAUUUGCAGGUGAUAACUGAUAAGAUCAUUGCCACAAACCUAAUUACGGGAAUGCCAAAGCAAACUCCUGGCAGUAAUGGGGACAUCAUCAUUCGUACCAGUAAACUGCUAAUCCCAAUAACUUGUGAGUUUCCCAGACUAUAUACAAUCUCAGAAGGUUAUGUACCCAACCUCAAGAACUCACCACUGGAAAUCAUGGGCCGUAACAGAGGUACCUUCCCUUUCACACUGGAGAUAUUCAAAGAUAAGGAUUUUGAUGAGCCUUACAAAGAGAACCUCCCAGUGCUCAAACUCAGAGACUCGCUUUACUUUGGAAUUGAACCCAUUAUGCGUGUGAAUGGUCUGGAGACCCUUGUGGAGAACUGUUUUGCCACUCCAACAUCUAAAAAUGAUGAGAUCCUGAAAUACUAUUUAAUCCAGGAUGGGUAUGUGCUUUACAGUUUUAUAUCUCUAUUUGAACUGGUUGAUUUGUAAUUUUUUUGGGAAAUUGAGAUUGCAAAUAUAGUUUCAUUAUAAGAAUUUAACCAAAUCAUUAGUGAUAUGCAUUUUAACAUCAUUUUGGAGGGUGUGAGAUUAAAUAGUUACAUUGGAAUAUAGAUAGGGAAAAAAUGCCCAGGUCUAUCAAUGUCCUUCUGUCAUACAUCCCUGUUUUUGAUACUGAUCCAAAAGAAUUCAAUAAAGCGAAAAGAGUCCACAUUUAGUCACAAUACAGACUUUAAUGGGAACCAGCACAUCAUGACAAGUCAAAAUUUGAUUUUUUAAGUCUUCAAAUGACUUGAAAAAGGCCGUUAUUAAAAUAUUGUUAUAAUGUGCUGAUUUACAUUAAAGUCUGCAUUGUGAAGAAAGCUGUGUGCCCAGACUUUUUGCUUGAUUGAAGUGUGUCAUUCCCCAAGUCUGGAGCAGCAGUGCACAACUGUUACUUGAAUUUGAGAUUGAGUUUAGAAUAUUUUGAGAAUCACUAGGUAUAAAACUAACAGAACCAAGUAGCAUAAAUGUCAUGAGGAAAUGUGAUUGGCUGUUUGUAGGUGAUAACUAGCAAAUUUAUUACCAUGACUUAGAAUCAACUACCCAAUAUUUUGUGUAUUAAACAUAUUUACAUAACUUUCAUUUGAAAUAUAUGAUGCAAAGCUCACUUAUAAAUAUAGGAUAAACCAGCAGUUUUGUGUAUAGAUAUUUUUUACAUAAAAAGAUACCUAAAAAGUAAAGAUAUAUGUAAAUUUACACAACUCUUCUUUUCCAGUUAUUUGUACAUAAUUUACAGCAAUGUUUCGGGAUACAUUUUAGAGCAAGCAUGUCAAACUCGCGGCCCACAAUGAAUAUUUUGGUGAGCCACAAGUUUGCCAUGCCUACUAAGGCAGAGUAGGCACCUGCUCGCCCCAUAUUGCAGGCAGGUACCUACUCUGCCAAAUUUACCCGGCCGGGGGAGGAGAGAUCACUGGCAACUGUGAGGGAGCUCAGUCUUCCUGCUCCUCACUGCUUCUUUGCGCGCCCCCUCUAUAGUGAUGCUGGGUGCUGGAAUAUGACAUCAUUCCAGCACCUGGCAUUACUAAACUGUGCAUGUGCGGGAGCAGUGAGGAGCAGGAAGACUGAGCUCCUGAGAUAAGAUCAGGGAGAGGCCCCACAGCAGCUCCCAAAGGUAGGGAGCAAUAAAUAAAAUGAUGUGUGUGUGCAAGAAUGUGUAAAUGUGUGUGUGUCUGUCAGUGUGUGUGUGUGUGUGUGAGUGUGUGUCUGUCAGAAAGUGUGUCUCAGAGUGUGUGACUGUCAGAGAGUGUGUGUCUGUCAGUCAGUGUGUGUGUCUGUGUGUGUUGGUCAGUGUUGCGAUGGCCGCGGCUGGACAGUUGAGUACCUGGAGGUGCACGAGGCACGCAAUGCCACAUCACAUUCUGAUGUGACAUCAAUGUGCUCCACCUUCACAGGGUUUCAAGAAGUAGCAGGAGAAUCCGUUUGGUACAGGAUGCGGACAGCGCCAUUGGGGGUAUACCAGAGGCUGGACUCCAGAGUCGCAUACUGGCAGUGGCAAUGUGGAGUCUGCUUGAUGGCUAAUAUUGUUUUGUUUUUUUUGUUUUUUAAACAAGGGCUGGGGUUUAGUAGAGGGGGAUGCUGUUGUUUUGUUUUUUUUAAACUGUACUUUUCAAAACAAACCUACCUUUCUAUGAAAAUGUAAGGUUUUGCCUUUCUUUGCGGCCAACAUAAAUGUAAACCUUGCUUAUGUGGCCCGUGCUAGCCUUCGAGUUUGACAUGCUUGUUUCCCUUACCUUGUAACUUGUAAUAUUUAAAAUACAAGGUGACAACUUUUUUUUGUCACAUAUAGUAGAUGUGACAUAAACAAAUACUAAGAAAUGGUCCUGCUCAUGCAUAUUUGUAAAAAACUUGAUGGUAUUUUUAAGAAUGUCACUUUCUAAAACUGGUAGCAGAAUGUAAAAUGCAUUCUGUAGUUACAAUUACAUCACACCUUAUGCACUGUACAUGGUUUGCGUGUUCAUAUAGAUAGGUCUGUCUGCACAUUGAUUUGCGUCAUUCUUGCUAGCCCAGAACAUAAACGUGCGUUGUUGCAGGAAUUGGGUUUGUGAAUCUGCCCUGUAAUAUGACGUACAUUUUUCUCUGAAUAAAAAGGCAGGAUGUAGCAGUGUCCGGUGUCAUUAUUAUCACCAGAAAGACGAAUGGGGCAUUGAAUGGAGAAGGAGGUCACAGAUUGCAUUCCUAAAUUUCAGGAGCAGCAUCAAGCAGCAGCAAAUGUCCCUGGAGUUCAGCUGCAAAUUGUGCCUAUAUAUGAACCUCAUAUUUACCAAUGAUAUAGUGGUAAAGACUAAGGAGAUCAUAAAGAGAUUUAGCAGAAUAGCAUUCAUUUUGUCCUAGCAAAAAGGGUGCUCGAGUUUAUAGAAAUUGUAUUCUCUACAAAGUAAUACGUUAAAUGACUUGGCAUGACUCAAAAGUUUUGUUUGGCAUACAACUCCUGUAACUGGAUUUAGGCUUUAGGUUUUUAAGCAGUUUGGGUUUAAUACUGUUUGGAAUUGUAGAGCAAGUUUAGUAAAGAUUGAGAGGAAGUAGGUUUUAGCAUGCUCUUGGAUCAGACUAGCACAUUGAAUGGGUGCUUUUUGUUUUGUAUUAUAGUUUUUAAUUGGUGUAGAAUGAGGCCAUCGCUGGUGCGUAGUAAACUGUAUUUGCAGUAGCAUUACAUUCCAUAACACAUAAUAAGUUUAUAUUUUUUUUUUAGAACCAACAUACUAAACAGAGUUGUUUGGGGUAUGUGCUGAUUAACACUGCCUAUGUGACAUCUAAUUUCCUGACCAAAUUUCAGUGGUUUUCUUUAGCAAAUUAUUGCUAAUUUAAACAAAGCUUUUGGGAGAGAACCUGCUUUAGUCUCGCCCACCGGCUGGGAGGAGUGGCGGCGAGCAGAAACCACCACCGAGGGACAUCGGCGGGGUCUCAGGUAAGUGACCUGAAGGGGUUUUCACCCCUUCAGCAACUGGGGAUGGGAGGGAGAGGGGACCUGCUGUGCCAGGAAAAUGGAUUGUUUUCCUGGCACUGGAGUUUCCCUUUAAGGGAAUAGGGGUCCUAGACAGGGGACAACCAAAUUCUCAUAGGGACCUUUAUUGCUUCUAAGGAGUAAAGUAAACAAAAGUACACAAACUAGGAGAAGAGGGGGAACAUUGUCUAAACAGUGCUCAAGGGUAAAUACUCUCUAAUAAGAGAGAAAAAAAAACGUAAGAGGGUACAGAGAUCUCUGAUAGCCCUAGAGUACUGAACAGUAAAGAGGAAAAGGCAAUGAAUAAACUGAAGAAAGGGAGAGAUGAGGAAAGGGGGUCCUAUGAGCGAAUACCCAGAUCUAUAAAUGCCUCAAUAAUUCUCUCCCUAAGGUACCUCAGGACCGUGUACAAGCCACUAGUGCUUACCUGAACCACUCUCCUAGUCAAAAAGAAAUAAUAAAACUAGCCAAAAAUCUAAAUCAAAAUAUAAAAAGUGCUACCAAGUGUAGUGGAUAAAAAGUAAAAGCUUGACGCGCGUUUCGGCAUGUCAGGAGCAGGUCUCUUUCACUAGUGUAAAUCUUUCUCAGGAAAUACAACUCUAGUGGUUGUCAGACAAACUACCACUAGAGCUGAUUCCUUCUUAAGACCUUCAAUUUUCCAAGAUCUUCACAUUUGGGCUCUUAUACCCUGCAUAAAAAUGGCAACUUGUUCAAUGCUUCUCACAGAGAAGCGUCAGAUUCAAUCCAUCUAAUAGGCACGCAGUAGAGCACAGUGAUUGUUGCUGGUGCACCAUGUUUUCUCUAGUUUCUUUAUGAAGUACAUUGCUUUGGACAGAAAUAAUCAUGACUCAUAAUCUCACCAAUGGCAUUUUCUUUUUAAACAAAGGGGAAUCUAAACAUAAUUAGGAGCAUAUCUAACAUCUAAACAUUUAUCUAUCUAACAUCUAAAAUAAUUGCUUUGUGAUGAUAUUUAGAAAGCCAAAAAGAUAACGCUAAUCAAAUUCAUACACUCUGCAAAAUUAUUGUAAACGAUAAUAGUUAGAAGAUUAUGCCCAUUAAUGAGUUAAUCAUUACUUAGAUUGAGGGUAUUUUAUACAUUUCUUUCUAACAUUGUGGUUUUGUAUCUAGAUGUGUCUCAGAUGAAACUGUGAAACAAUACACAUCAAAGGACCAUCUUGCCAAGCACUUUCAAGUCCCUGUGUUCAAGUUUGUUGGGAAAGAUAACAAGGUAAAUCAAAUUAUACCUAAAGAGAUCAAGAACAAUUUAAACAGUGGUACACGUGCACCUGGUAGGAAUUAUUUUAGAAUUUUCUUUAAAAAAAAGUUAAAAUGUGAUUAUAUCUACUAGUAUCCAUCAAGACAGCAUAGAUUUUAAACCCUUAAAAAACAGAAAUAGAAACUUUAACAGACCAAAACGAUUCCCUCCUACUAAUACUCUACUGUUCCCCUUUUUAGGGAUAUUUCCUAAAGAUGUGCAUAUAAUGUCAUUGCUAGCACACUAUCUACCAUGUGUUGAUACUAAGCAUACAUACAGUUUGGAAAUUAAAAAUAACAAUACAAAAAAAAUUAGACAGGGCGUGGCUUUGCGCCGAUGAGAAUGGCGGUGUAAUCCCCGCGCUCCGAGCCCUGCCGACAAAACCCGCACUCACCAGCACACCCAGAGACCUAAUGGGCCGCACAAAGCGAGGCACAAUGACCCCUACCACACCAAGGAUGCAAGGUGAGGGUCCGUCUGCCUCCAUCCGCAGCUACCUGCACACGCCGGGGAUCAUCACCUCACACCACGAGGCAUCCAACAUGGUGCCCUCCUCAACUGUCUCUGAGGACAGCAUGCUCACUGCUGCCGGCUCCCAAGAUCAGGGGAUUCCCACACCAGACUGGUAUGCACUGUUCACCUCCCUGCCAAAAAAGAAGACCUCCAAUCAAUAGUGCAGGAGGUUAAAACAACCCUCAGAACAGAGACCGCCUCCUUGCAGGAUUUGGAGGGAAGAGUGACAGCGCUGGAGAAUGCUGGCCCCACAAUGCAGGUACAUCACCCCAAUAACACCUAUGACAGGCAACUCACUGACCUGCGGCUCCAUGUAGAAGAUCUGGAUAACAGGAGCCGCAGGAACAAUAUUAGAAUCAGAGGACUCCGUGAACCCAUAGGCCCAGAACACCUAAGGGAGACACUUAUCCCGCUGUUUAACCUAAUACUGCACAGACCCCCAGAAGCACGUCUGUAUAUUGAUAGGGUACACCGUGCCCUCCGCCCAAAGCCACCUCCAUCUGCCCCACCGCGAGAUGUCAUCUGCUACAUACAAGACACUCAGCUAAAGGAAGAUAUCAUGAAAGAAGCAAGGACGGAACGAUCUUGGCGUUACAAGGGCCAAAUGGUGGAGUUGUACAAUGACCUUUCCCAUCUCACCCUACAAAGUCGCAGGGCCCUCCGCCCUAUCACCACACUACUGCAGGACCACCAGAUAAGGUACCAGUGGCACUUCCCGUUCGCGCUCACGGCACGCAAAGACAACAUAGAAGCCACAAUCUGGCUCCCAGCGGAUGUUCCCAUCUUCCUCCACACCUUGGGACUACCGGCCACCGCAGUACGGGACUGGACUGACUGCCCCCUCAAUGAAAGAUACUUGGGCAGACCGGUGGCCCGUGCGUUGGAAGCGGGCGCGCUGGUCGGGGAUACAGUACCACCCCACCAGAGCGCCCAUGAAGAGUAACGCACAGAGCACCCGUGGUGGUCGCACCAGUUGAGCAACACAAGAGCUGCCCCGUGAACCACCCAGCGCACCUUACCCCUUGAAAAUGGACCUACAAUGACCGCCACAACCCACACAAGACAGACACGACUACGCUGACCCUACCACGGAUCAUCUCUCUACUCUUCCCCUUCUCCCACCUACACGGCACCUUCAACAGUGAGAAGGCCACCUGAGCCUAUAAGGCUCCCAUAGACUCUGACAGUCUAGCAAAUGGGACUACGCGGACAAUAACAUAGAAGGGUGGUGGAUUGUGUGGUUUUUUUUUUUUUUUCGUCCCCCCCACCUCCUCCCACCUUCCCCCUAUCAACCAAAGCUUAGAAAUGCCGGAUCUGAAAGGGCCCUUUCCAGAACUGAUGGAGCCGCCACAAACCAACGCAGACCCUGGGUGCUCCUUCCCACAUGGACGUGGUAUCAUAUAACUGCAAUGUUCUGUAGAUUAUUCUUCCUACAUUAGGCCAAAUAAGGGGGAGGGCAUCAGCAAAAGGGGGAGGGGAGCUAGGGACCGCAUUGCUUGACAGGGAAUGCCGACAGCAUGUGGAGAAGUGUGUGUGUGUGGUGUGCAGUGUUUGUAUGGGGAGCAUACGGACUACUGACGGACACCCACACCACUACGCUAACAGAGACCAUGACAGCGACUCUCGGACGACACCGGCCCGCUGAGACUUAGACUGUCGACAGAUGUGACCCCCGCAGGUGACCCCCCACGGCACCCAACGAACCGGGCAAACCACCGCCCAAAACCAACGGAUGAACUACCCUAACUUAACCCGGGCCCACUCACCCCCAUAACCCUUCCCCCGACCACACCCUGUGAUCCCGACCCACUACCGACCCAGCGAGCCCCUAGCACACACUGAUGACCCUAUGGGACCUCACUACAGGAAGGGGACGCACGACAAUGGUGCCAAGACUGGUGACUUCCUCCACGGGGCUUUGUCACUAAAGGCUUGUAAGGUCAAACUCCAGAUACAAAGUUACUGCUUACUAAAUGUUAAGGUUAAUACGGAUCUUUAUCACCAAAUGUUUAAACUGAAAAUGCCUAGAUAAAGGGUAACUGAUUGUUCACGGUUAAGGAUGACACGGUUUGCAUAACCAAACGUUUAAAUUGACAAUGUCUAGAUAAAAGGUUACUAACCACUAAAUGUUGAGGUUACCAUGGAUCUUUAGCGCUGAAGGCCUCUACUGGCAAGGCAUAGAAAAAUGAUAACUGAUUGCCAAAUGUUAAAGUGGACACGGGCCUGCAUAACCAAGCAUUUAAACUGACGAUGCCUAGAUAAAUGGUUACUAAUUGUUAACUGCUAAGGCUACCAUGGAUUUAUACCACUCACGGUUUAUACUGACAAAGCCUAGAUACAUGGUAACUGACUACUACAAGUUCAGACUGAACCGGGUUCAAAACUAACGAAGCCUGAUAAAUGGUUACUAACUGCUAAAUGUUAAGGGUGCAUGCAACCGUUGUUGCACAAACUGCGUUACUACUGGCUACCUAAGGUCUCUAUACUAACUGUAGCACCCUGACGGCAGGGCUCGGACACCUCCAACACUUGCUCGAACCGACAACCCACUGACUUUGCCAGAGUGCAGAGACUCGCCACCCACACCCCCACGGGUUACUGCCCUCCCACAGGGCGAGCUCACUGGACUCGCAACCCACACGUGAGCCCCCGCUCUAGAGGCAGACAACCCCUUUUUACCAUCUCUACUGUCCCCACUCUCGACACAGAAGGGGAACACAGACAACAGGAGACAUUACGCAGAGGACGACCAAGACCCAGACCAUCCCAAACUCACUCUAAACCUCCCACGCACACCUCAUACCCCCCCACGCUCACAAUCAACUCAACCACAGCUCCAGCAGCCACAGGGUGAAACAGACAAAGGGAAACAUCCAGAAAAAACUACUCAAAACUCCGACCAACCCACGCAUACCUGACGCCCCAACCACCACCCCUAAGUAAGGAAAAAUAGCCAGGGAAAAACAAACCACACCAGACAGUUGGCAAUCAAGCCCUCAUAACAUACAGCACACACACUAAAUGCACGCCACACUCCCGCACCAACACACAACGCUCCCCCGCGCGCCCCUGGCUGAGACCACCAGAAGACACCCCAAUCGGACCUCAGAAUCUACACGAUUAACGCCAAAGGGCUCAACUCCUCACAGAAACGAGCAAGGGCACUGAAAGAACUGAAAUCCCUGCAUAUUUCCACUGCGUUCUUCCGAGAAACGCACUUUCAAACUGCCAAACACCCCAAAUACUCAAAUAAACACUACCCACUGAGCUUCCAUGCCACCAAUCCAGACUCCAAGACCAAAGGGGUCACAAUACUCUUCGCGGCGGACAUACCGUUCCGCAAAGAGGAGGAACUUGCAGACCCAGGAGGCAGAUUUCUCUUCCUGAUAGGAACUAUACACAACACGCGAUUCACGUUUGCCAACUUAUACCUCCCGAUUAAGGGACAAAAACCCUUCCUAGGGCAAACUCUUGCAUUGCUAGACUCCUUCAGUGAUGGCAAACUAAUCCUCGGAGGAGACUUCAAUGCGCCUCUAGAACCUAAACUGGACACUUUAACAGGCCACUCGACCCUCCCGAGCCAUGUCCUCUGAGGCAUGAAAACCACCCUACACGAACUCAAGCUGUCGGACUGCUGGCGUGCCCUACAUCACCAAGAGAAAGACUACACCUUCUUCUCCCCCCCCAGCCCCCCCACAACUCAUAUUCGCGAAUUGACUAUCUGUUCCUCCAGCACCGCCACCUGGACGACCUCCUUACAGCAACGAUAACCCCCAUGACCUGGUUGGACCAUGCCCCGGUCAUCAUCACACUCUCCUCACCAACUCCGUUCCAUAAACACUGGAACUGGAGACUGAAUGAAUCACUACUAGAGGAUCCCCUAAUUCACCAAGAUGUGAAAACACACAUAGACCAAUUCUUCCAAACAAACAGCGCGCCGGACUCUUCCCUGGAUAAAAUCUGGGAAGCACACAAAUAUGUGAUUAGGGACGUCCUGAUCAGACAUGGCGUGCAGCGCAAGCGACAACGCACCCAAGAAAUGGCCGAACUUGCACGAAAGGUGGCAAACCUGGAGAAGCAACAUAAGUCCACCAUGGCCGAUGAUACAUACUCACAACUAGUCAUCGCCAGGGCAAAACUCAACUCCCACCUAUCCCAGAAGAUUGCAUUUCAAUUCAGGCAAACACAGAAGACUUUCUACGAAUACGGUAACAAAAGCGGUAAAUUACUAGCGAGAGCCCUGAGGAAAACCAGACAAAAAAGCUUCAUAAUUGAGAUCAAACAUAAUGGUACCACCCACAACACACCGAAAUCAAUAGCGGAAGGAUUCUGCACUUACUACGAAGCACUAUACAACCUCCACAGCCAGGACGACACCGUGGAGGGGUCGGACACCACCAAGACCCAAAAACGCAACUAAUACCUCACCAACACGAUGGACAUAGAUACGGCCGACGCCAUGGAGGAGCUGAUCACAGCGGAAGAAAUAUCACAGGCCCUAAAAAUGGACAAAAAUGUGAAAAGCGCAGGCCCGGACGGCUUCACGAUCAAAUACUACAGAACGUACCACGACUCAUUGAUCCCGCACCUACUGAACAUGCUUAACGCACUCAGACAAGGGGAGACCCUCGAUCACAACAACUUGAGAGCGCACAUAGUGGUGCUACCUAAAGAAGGCAAAGACCCAACGACUUGCCCGAGCUACAGGCCAAUCUCCCUGUUGAACGCUGACCUGAAACUCUUUGCAAAGGUUCUGGCACUCCGACUCCAACCAACCCUGCCGCAAUUGAUCCACCCAGACCAGGUAGGGUUCAUCAGCAAUAGAGAAGCCAGAGACAAUACCACCAAAGUAAUUAACCUGAUACAGGUGGCCAAGAGCAAACAGACGCCCGCACUCCUGAUCUCCACGGACGCGGAGAAGGUGUUUGACAGGGUAGAUUGGACCUUCCUCUUCGCAACGCUACAACACCUAGGACUGGGACCGAACAUGAGGAGGUGAAUUGAAGCUUUAUACAAUGGACCGUCCGCACAAGUCUACGUGAACAGCACAUUAUCUACACCAUUUCAGAUACACAACGGCACCCGGCAGGGCUGCCCCCUCUCGCCUCUCCUGUUCGUGUUAAGCCUAGAACCCUUCCUGAACACGAUCGGCACCAGACCAGAUAUCGGGCUCAUAAAAGGCAAAUGGGGGGAAAGCAAAAUCUCAGCCUACGCCGAUAAUCUGCUGUUCACUGUCCGAGAGCCGCAAACAUCACUCCCGGCAAUCAUGCAGGAAUUCGAAACAUACGGCUCACUAUCCAUCCUCCGCAUCAACUACUCCAAGUUGGAGAUCCUACACCUGGGAUGCAACCGCACCCUGAUCACGACCCUUAAAGCACGAUUCCAGCUCCAUUGGCGCAAGGACGAACUCAAAUAUUUAGGCAUAUGGCUUACAGCGGACCCCUCCCAUCUGUUCAGGCAAAACUACCCUCCCCCUCUCCUGGAACGCAUCCUCAAAGACCUAGCAGAAUGGGACGUACCACACAUCACCUGGCUCGUUCUUAAAAUGAACAUCCUCCAGCGCUUCCUAUACGUGCUCCAAACGCUCCCAAUACUUAUCCCGCAAUCCUUUCUGGCCCAGGCUCGUACAGCCUUCACGAAAUAUGUCUGGUGGAAUUGACCGGCCAGGAUAAAAUACGACAUCCUUACAAAAGCCAAACCGCAGGAUGGACUGGGACUCCCGGAACUGACCAAGUACCACCAGACUACCCACCUACAAUGUAUAGCCGAAUGGACCCUGGGUACAAAAGACAAACUCUGGAUAGCCAUAGAAGACCCACUGAGCUCACUCCCAUGGCAACUCCCAGGCCAGACGAGAAGAUAUGACACCAGACACCCCACGAUAGUGGCAACACUGAAGGUGUGGAGCAGGAUGGCAGGGAACCCAGACCUCGAAUCGGGAUACAAAAUGAUAUCGCACUGGUAUAAGACACCAUAGAAACUCGCCACUAUGUAUGACACAAGCACACCAGAAUGUUGGAGAUGCGGAACUGAACUGGGCACGCUAUACCACAUCUGGUGGACAUGCCCGCGGAUCAAACCUUUCUGGCACGAAAUACACCAGGUGGUUACAACGCUCACAGACUACGCCAUAGUACUCACGCCAGAAAACUACCUACUACACCUGACACCUCUACAACCCCCCGCCUACAAAAAAACGAUCACCCCGUACCUAGUGAAUGCGGCACGUAGCCUAAUCCCAACAUUCUGGAAAAAAAUCCAUAAUACCAACCCUGACGGACUGGAUAACAAGGGUAGAAGACAUAUGGACCAUAGAGGAAAUGAUCCUGACAGCAAAAGGAAGACCCCAGAUGUACCUGAAGACAUGGUUCCACUGGUUACAAUGGCUAACCGCUAGACAAAACCCAGGACCACACCCACGAAGGACGGACAAUGACGGUUGAGGGCCUAUGGAUCACAGGGCAACACACCACGCAGACCGGGAGAUGACGGCACACACAGCUGGAGACAGGACACCUGAGGACCAAGGCAGCGACACCCGAAGACCGCAAUGGGAACACAUGCAACAGACUGUACCGGGCGCUGGCAGGGCGCGGGGGCUCUGGCCCCAUGGGGAGACCCCACCCCUAAACCCCCCCGCAGGAACAUGACAUACCCCCCCACAAAACACAAAGACAGAACGAACACAGACAUACCACCACAGGACCAUGCCGUACCACACAGAACACCCGACCAAUCCCCAUGGUCCUAACCUUCACAAGACACAAGCGGAAAGGAGGAGGGAGGACACCCAAGAUCUCCCCCCUACACAAUUACACGCCAGCUCAGCACCCCCGACGCGCACAUUGUCCCAUAAGUCCAGACAUGAGCCUGCCCUGAACCAACACUGAACCCCGACCGUGGACAUGGGAAGGAUGAGACCGAGAUCCAGGGUGAAUGAGACCAGACUCAAGGACCAGGGCACCACACUAGAUAAAGGGGGGCUGACACUACCCAUAGAAGCAUGCCAAACGAGUCCCCCACCCAUCGGGACCAUAAACCAUCACCCCUAAACUACUAAAUCAACACCACCAGCGGCACACACACAAGAACACAUCCCCCACAACCACAAGAAGACAAACAGCCCGACUGACCCCAACCCGGAGACAGCCUCGAACCGAGAGAAAUAACACAAGGGCGCCACGACACGGGUUCUGAACACAGACGCUCCUACAAGGCAACCAAUAGAGACGGGCCACUUUACUCCUCUACAAAACCUGACCUAGAUACAUUAUAUAGCAGCCUAACAUCGGCUAACCAAUUCCCUAUGGAAGGCACGCAAUAGCGUCCACUAUGCAAUAUAUCGUAAAACAAUAUCACCAUAGUCGCUAUGCCCCACGAGACCACAUACCCAAUCUGCUUAAGAAAGGUAUAAUACAAAACAAUAUGCCGGCCUCAAAAAUCACAGGGAUCAUACGUUAUAAGCCUCUGCGUAGGCUAAUGUUGCAAAGCUACUGAUGAAACAACCCCGCAUUUCAAACCACCUAACAAAUAUACAACACUACCCCUGCGUGGGUAAACUGUUCUCUAUCAGAGGUUAGGAAUUGCCCACCAUUACCCAGGUCGGAACUACCACGAAAUAUGUAAUAAGCCUUACUCUUGUUUGUUUGACGUACUAUGCCUCUGUGUAGGCAACAAUGCAUCCUCUUUUCAAACCUGUUACAUGUCUGCUAACAUUUUGCAUACGAAAUAAAAAAAUUAGACUCCACCCUGUGGUGUAGGCUGAUUGCCCAAGUGGACAACUGAAAUGCCCUCACCCUGAACUCCUACUAAUCACUGCAAGUGUUAUAACCUUUACCAAAACUGGUGCUAGAUUUGCAAAUGUCAAGUCAUGCCUUAGCCUCAUCGCAUAAUACUUAGCAAAGUUUUAAUAAUUGUGUUUCCUCAGUUAACUACUUACAUAUAACCUAUGCUAAUUAACAUGUUACUUUAUAAUAAUCUCUUAUACUAAGCCUGUUAACAGAGAGUCUGACACCUUAUAGCCUUCCUGGGGAAUGUCAUAACAGUGAUAUUGGCUAGUAGGGUUAACCUAAUUCUCUAUUGUUUAGCAAACUUGUCACUAGAUUAAGCUACUUUAGUUUACUCUUUCGUGCUAUCUUUAAUGACAUGACAGCCAACAGGAUAUUGAGAUUGCCGACCUAAACUUCUUACUUUCAGAAAUGCCUAGCCUGUGUUAAUUUAAAUUAAGCAUACGCCAGCUUAAUCGUUAUGUCUUCAUCUUACCUUGUGUUAAAAAAAAAAAAAAAAAAGAGGCUCACAAUUUUUGGAGACGACGUAUAGUGAACUGUGAUUUCCCAUCUUGUAUGGCUCAUUAUUGUCUCCCCUUCUUUAUUCUGUACCCGUAUAUAUAUAAUUGCAUGCCUCACUAAAAGAGAGAUUUACAACAACAAAAAUUAGACUUCCAAAUCUAACUUUAAAUCUAAAUAAGCUAGCAAUUAUAUGUCAUAUUUGUAAGUAGCACACUGUAUAUAUAUAUAUUCUAUACAAGGUAAUUGGAUUGAGGACAUUCUACAUACAAAUGGUUAAUAUGUGAGUUGCACAAUCCAAUUCUGUGCUACAAGAGCAGUAAGGAAAGACAUCUAUGUAUUCUGAUUUUGGAGUAGAAAGCACUUCAGUGGAUCUUAGAUAAGAAUUGUUUUCUCAAGGUGUAAAGGUUAUUUUUCUAUCCAUGCACAGAUUGAGAUAAUCUGAAGUAUGGUAAUCAGUAUUUCAAAAUAAAAAUAGUUUGUGUGGGUGAACCGCAAGAACAAUAUUCCUGGCAAUGCUGUGUAAAUUAUUCUAUUGUGAUAAAAGACCUGGAAUAUGCAUUUCCUACGGUGAGCCCAUAAUUCUCCAAUGCUCUUAAACCUUCAAAAUUUACAUUGAUAGUUUUAUUGAAUAACUCAUAUGCAGAUAAUGAGGUGUCUUUGUAUACUAAAACAGGUUUGACGCUGUGUGGGCUAAUCAAACAGUAAUCACUGUUCACAAACAUGAACCUCAAAAAUUAGAAGAAACUCAACUAAGAUUAGAUUUGAUUAAUAUUAUUCUAUCACUUGACUUGCGGGAUCACCUUCCAAGUGGUCCCCAACUGCCAAUUCCUUAUUCAUCCAGAAGAAUGAUGAGGGGUUUUCAUGGAGAUUAGAAAUGGAAUGAAAACAAAUGAGGGAGUGAAAAAGGGUUAACAAAAUCUAUGGGUGGGGCUCUUGUUACCCAAAUGACACCCACCACAGACAUAUUCUACCACUGACCAGAUGAUGGGUAGAGUAAUUGUCCUUGUUCAUCAAAAAGAAAACAGAGGGGUAUUUUGUUCCUUGGCCAACAAUAAGGGUUAAUGACCUCAUAACUAUAUUUGUUUUGUUGUUUUAUAUCACAUUGGGUGGGAGACCGCAUGCUACACUAGAUUAAUAUACAAUAUUUUUUCCAUUAUCUCCCAUACAGGAAGUGUUUUUACACUGCCAGGUCCUGGUUUGUGGAGCAACAGACGAGCGAUCUCGAUGUGCUCAAGGAUGUCGCCAACGCAUGCGUAGAGAAGCAAAUAUGCAAGAAACAACCAGCCCUGUGGCAAAUCAUAUCCUUACUGGAGGUCCCAUCAUAAUAGACAUGGAAGAGUAGUUUCAUCUCUGAAAUGCAAUGCUGUAUAUAAAGCAUUGAUUUGCGGUUAGAUUCCCUCUUCGAAAUGUGAGGCAUAGCUGAAAUUCUUGCUGUUGCUUUCAUUACGUUUUUAUCUACAGCAGGCAGGCUUUUUGUUGUUUCUUUAAACUAUGGCUAACAGAUUGAAUGUUUAACUUAAAAGAGAUGAUCCCUCAUCAGAAAAGCUAGAAAGAUAUAUAGAGUUUUGUUAAUCAUUUGCAUUCCAGACACACAAACAUAAGAGGUACAAAAAAAAAAAAGACCCUUAGGAAAAUAAAAAUGUGUUUCAUACAAACCGUGCCCAGAUACUAUUAACUAAACCCUGAAAAUACUUAUAAUCUGUGCAUCAUUAUAAUUAUGGUUUCCAUGUCACCAGUUCAAUAUGCUGAACUAUGAAAUACAAGUUGACAGCUAUGGAAAAAAUUUAACGAAAAGUAACAUAUGUCAAAUGAACAAACAUGAAAUGAAACUUGUUUUUCGUUUAUUUUUUUUUAACCCACCACUCUGUAUUAUAUAUAAAUUAUAGGGAUAUUUAUAUCAGACCAUGAGUUAGACAAAGUGAUGACAAAUCUUUGGAACCCCAACGAUUUCCCAUGAUGGACUGGCUACACAGUAUAGGAGUGUUAAACGUUUUAGCACCUCUGGUUUUGGCUAAUACAUCAAAUAGCGUGGGGGGCAGGGUUUAUCAAUGGGUUCUGUUUCGAAAAAGUGUUGUAAAAAUGGGGGAGUCAGCAAUGGAAUGUAUCUGCUGGUUCUACUGGUUCCCAUGGUUAUUGUCCCACUUGUAAUGCUUUAGAAUACCUUUAGAUCAGAACACUUUGAUAAGUCUCCAUUAAUAACUCUCAGUUGCACACUAUAUAUAUAUAUAUGCAUAUAUUAUAACUGAAAACUUUUACAUGAACUUUCACUAUAUCGCACACAUAUUAUAUAUGCUUAUCUUCAACUAUCAGUUUACUCCAGUUAGCAUGUAUUUAUAAUGAUACUAUAUGUUCUCUGCAACAGUUAGUAAUAUUUUUCUGACAGUUGACUACUUUCCUAGACUAAUCUUUCAGAAGAAAAGAACUAUACCAUUUUUCUUAGAAUACCCUUUGAUACUUUGGUAUUCCAGAUGUUGUGGACCACAUCUCCUUUAAUGCGGCCAACUCAUAAGGGGAGAUGUAGUUCACAACUUAUGUAGUGCCAAAGACUGCCUUGCUGUCCUAGCAUAUUAUGGAAACACGCUGUAUGUAAGAUGAUGGGUGAAUGUAUCACUACAGUUUGACUGGCAAGCCCAUUAUUACAACCUCGUAAUUUCUCUUCUAAAGGUUGCACAGCAACAGAAGACAUGUUUGCAAAAAAGGCUGCAGCACAUAAAGUGCUAAAUAUGACACCUGUAUGUUACAAAUGCACAUGUUUUUAGAUUAUUCAUGAUCUUUGAUUACUUUCUACUUGUUGUAUUGCUGUUUUUUAUUAAAUGUAAAUACCACUUAUAAUGUAUCUGCUUUCAUAUACAAUGAAAGGGUCAUAUGUCACAUAAUAUGUAAAUAUGCUUCCGGUAAAGCAUGUGAUACCAGAUGUAUGGUUUUUGCAUUAUAGGUCAUCUGCCAUCCAUGGGGAGAUGUUCAGAGUUAGGAGGUUGUUUAGCUAGCCAUCUGCAUAUACUCCGUAAGAUCUACUCAAGCAUGUACAACAUCAAUGGUUUUCAUUAAAGGGACAAUCUAAACACCAAAACAACUUUAAUAAAAUGAUUUUGGUGUAUAGAUCGAGCACCUUGCAGUUUCAUUGCAAACAUGGGUGAAGGAAACCUGACUGGAACAAACAUAAUGGAUGGAUGAAAGUAGUUUUGGACAUGACAGGUGCCAGUUAAGUGCUAAGCCUAGUGAAAGCCCAUACAGGGAUUGAAAUAUUGUUACACAAAUAAGGGGCAGCUCAAGUCACUUUUUUUUCUGAAUACAUUAGUCUUUAAUCUUUUUUUAUGGUUGACAACGAUUAUUCACAGUUAAAUUGGAAAGUAUGAGGCUGCUUAAAGGGACACUCUGGGCACCAAUACAACGUUGUUGUUUUUUGGGCCUCCAAUAACUUGGAGAGGUUGGUCGACUCUGCCAUUUAGACAAUUCAUCGAUAAUAAAAAAAAAUAUGCAAACACAUGUUACCAAUACCAGUCAAUGUUAGAACUUGAUGGUGUUGCUCAAAUAAAGCUAAGUAGCCUAGGUGGCUCAAUGGGGGGGCCUAUAAACAUAUAUAAAUAUAAUGGAUUUUAUAAAUUCCAAAAUUCUGAAAUUUAUGAUAAAGUCAACCCUUGCUGACAAGAGGAGAUAUAUAUAUAUGUAUAUAUAUAUAUAUAUAUAUAUAUAUAUAUAUAUAUAUAAUUUUAAUAUAAUUCUCAAAACCUUGGAGAAUAGGUUUUUUUAUGUACUUCCAACACCUUUAUCAAACUUCCACUCAAUAAUAGCUUCGUAACAAUACACACACUCUGGUUUGGAAGAAUAAUGUAAUCUAAACUUUAAAUUAUUGGACAUUACUAAUUAAAUAAUUUUUCUGCACAAGGUAGCUUAAGAAAAAAAAAAUACUGCAACCACUAAUAUGCUACUUUAUUGAGACAAAAACAAAUUUGUUUGUCAUGUGUUGCUCGAAGCUCUGCCAUACUUGUUUGGGAACAAGUAUAUUAACAAAGUCCAAUGCAUACAUCAAUACAUAAAGAAACUAAAUUAUCUCCACUGUCAGUGUUAAAUGGUAAACAUCAGAAUCCUUAUAUUGUAUGAAACUCAGACCAUAUAGAUUCUGUGGCUUGGGUUCAUUUCAUGAAAAUGUUUCUAGCCCCAAAAUGGAAUAAGUAAAGUUUGGUAUCACGAUAACUCUUUACCAGCUGAGAUUAUAAAGUUGAUCUUGAUGACUAGCUGUCCAGUAGAGGUGAGCUUUGCAGAGUCUUGCAGGUGAAAAAUUAUAUAAUACUGCGGUUAUCACGAGAGUCUGGUGGAUGAUCAAGAAGCAUCUCCUGCCUCAGAGUUCUUCUCGUUCCUCCUCAUUGCAGAUGCAGGAUGUUCUCUGACUGUUCAUGAAUGGUCUGCAUCCCAGAGUCCAAACAGUAUUGAAUACCGUAUCUGCAACUGAUUCACAGGCUAUAAAAAAACAAACAAAUGCGAUGUUAAUUUUCAAAACUAGAAAUCAUGGGUUUAAGUUUGCAAACAAAAUAAAAUACAACAACAGG